AUGGAGGUGAGAAGUCUUGAGAGGACAUGGCUAAAUGUUCACACCAUCAUCAGUAUCCAAAAUUUGUAGAAACCCAAUUCACAAGUAUUAAUUUUUAUCAUUAAAGCAGAUUACACAAGCAUGCCGGGAGUCGUGAAAAGUGGAGCUUAAUUCUGAUUGGUCGAAAUCCCUUGACAACAGCAAUCAGUUCUGGGAUGACCUGAUCACACGUCAUAUCAAAUCAAUCCUUAGACAUGAGCUUUGGCACAGUGACUGCUGCUUGUUUGUACUGAGGUAAAGAUAUCAGUUUCCAUCAACAUUCGCUAACAUUGUGGCAAAAUACUUUUUUUUUCCUUCUGUUUUUGACCCGGUUUUCAACUGGAACAACAUGGAUGAUAUAUGUUCAAUAUUACCUCUGAUUUCUUUGGGGAACAAGAAACUUAGGCUGACUGGUGAGCACCAAGAAAAAAAUAAGGACUGAAGGAUUGGUUGAUGAAAUGAAACUGUCCACAGACUAAAAAAAUGGUUUGGUAGAGGACUUUAUUAGGAUGCUACAGUCAUUUUAUUUAUCUGUUAAAAAAGCUCAGGAUUGUUGCAAGUCACAGAGGUACAAGAGCUGUAACAAUCAAACAUUUCUCAUCUUUUCAUAUGGUACCGCCCCCUCCAUUUAAAUCCACUGGAUCUCUCAUUGAAAACCUUAAGAAAAUUAGAAAGGAUGCCAGCUAGCACCUUCCUCCCAUGUCAGCUACAGAUCUUCAGAGGGGAUGCCUUCUGAAAUGGCAAGCAGACUAGUCUGCUAUCACCCAGCUUCACUUCAGGGUCUUAACUCACCCCUUGUGAGAAUUCCUACUUAUAUAACAAUCUGUUCUCUAUGCAUUUUCCCUUAUAUAACAAGCUCUAGUCACUGAUUUUACUCACUUUGGGAUCAUUAUACAUCCAGAGUGCACAUCUUUAUCACAGAAAAUAGGCUUGUGAGUAUUUAAAACCGUAAAUUCACACACAGCUUAAAAUAUCAACAGUUUUAUGUACUUUGCUUUGGGCAGAGGCAGAAUACUUCACUUUUGCUUUCAUUAAACAUUCAUUGACUUGGGUUGAAAACAGUAAAAUUUAUUGAAUGCGAGUCCCGCUCAUCAUUAGCAGCUGUUUUCUCCCCUCUCUUGUACCAGGAGCUGCUGUUUUUGUCUGUCCACUUGUCUGUGUAAAAUACUAGUUUGUAGCAGAGACAAACUUGUGAACAUGGUCGACUGUAAAGGUCAGCAGUGAAGUGGAUGAAGAGAUAGUUUUGACUUUUUGCAGUGAGAUCAUAUGAGGUACUCAUUAAUAGUGACUGCACUAUGUUUAGUGAUUAAGAGUCAGCACAGCUCCUGUUUAGAGAAGCCAGCAAAUCUACGUGGAAGUUAAGCUAUGAGCUAUUACAGAUGAAGCAAGAGGUACUGAGCUCCAGCCACAAAGGAGUCCUACAUAUUCAAAACAAAUUUAGUUUGAGAGUAUGCAGUAUUUAGAAUAUUUUCACUGCUUUUCCUUUGACACUUUGACAUUAGCUGUUUUAAUCCAUACAAUAGCAGCAGGAUGCCUGUGGCAGUGAGCUUGAUGAACCUACAGGAUAGGGGAGCUCAGAAACUCCCAGGAAAGACUGUGGCUCGUGACUGUAAUGGGACAUGAUGAUGGUGUAAAGUUAUUGACACACAGACAGACACAGGAUAAAAAGAAUUACAUGUUUUAGAUACAAAGAUUAAAAAGAGAUUGCAUGUGAUAAAUACAUAAACAAAUGAAACAACUCAUCAUACAACCACAUAAGUUUAUUGAACUCUUAGUAGACGUCCUUAACUCUUUGUCAUGAUCAUGUUACCACUGUAUGGAAGCCUGUUUCUGCCAGUUAAAAAAAGAAAUAAUAAUAAAAAAUUCUUUUUUCAUAAGUAUGAGAUACUAAGUCAUAAUUAUGACUUAGUAUCUCAUAAUUAUAGCGAUAGUAUAUCAUAAUUAUGACUUAGUAUCUCAUAAUUCUGAUUAAACAAUUUAUUUAUUUAUCUAUUUUACUGGCAGAAACGGGCUUCCAUACCACUGGGUGAUGCGGUUAAAUUUAAAAAAAAAAAAAAAAGGAAUCAACAGCAAGUCAAAUCAAGUCAUGUCAUGAUAUGUACUUAAAAUUAUUUAAACACAAGACAAUGUAGAGUUUUAUUAAUUUCAUUCAAAACCCUUUUCUUCCAUGAUCCUCUGAGUAUAAAUCGUAUUCCUUGUGACAACACAAAGGUGUUAAAAUUUAUUUUAAAUACCAGACAUUUGUAAGGGGCACAGCCACGGCAUGAUUUCAUCUUUAGCCCCUCUUCUUUCUGGGAAAAAUGUUUGAUGUCUGGCCCUGCCUUAAGGAAAACCAUAUGGCAGCCUGAAUAAUGAAAGGCACUUAGUACAGUGGAGAAGAGAUUGUUCGCCUACCUGUUCAUUGUAGGUGUGCAUAGAACUACCUGCAGAAUUGAUAAUGCUGCACAUGUGUGUGGGAGGUUUGGAAACAUCAGUCACGCAUGGGAGUCUGGUGAUUUUUUGUUCUCAUGUCUCAUUAUGUUGGUUCCCACUCAGGUGCAGAGCAAAUGAAAGGCUUUGGGGUCAGUACAAAUGGUGUACAGGGGUGAAUGAUGGAAUAUGACGCCACCAUGUGGAGAUUUCUGCAAAACUACACUAAAGCAUCAACAAAUAAAUAUGAUAGUAAUAAUCAAAUAAAUCCAUCUGGUCAUAUAUUUGUCUUUAUUGAAAUUUCUUUUAGGAGCUUUUAUGCCUUUACUGAGAAGAUAAAAUAGCAAAUAAAGGAGGAAAGUGGGAAAGAGAGAGAGUGGGAAAUGGCAUGCAAGAAAGAGCUGCAAGCUUGACUCGAACCCUGGCCACUGCCCCCAAGGAUCACAGCCUCUGUUCACAACCAAUCAGACCAAGCUCCUGCCCCAUAUAUUCAGUGAUUUAUUUGUAUGCCUCAUUAGUGUGAUGGAAAAUGAAUAAGUACACAUCUUCAUCUUAUAUAACUUUACAAAUCUUCCCCAUAUGGCAGUGAAGUCAUUCUGCCGCUCUGGGUUUACAUAUCCCAUAAGCAUCUGAAGGGGGGCCUCUGGCGCAUGACUGGCAUUGAUUUUUCUUGCAUAUUUGCAUUUGAACAGAAUACUUAUGCAUAAAAGCCAAAGAGGGCGUCCAGAACAGAAGGUUCCUAUGACUCACCAGUGCAAUACAUCACCCACUUAGCCUUCAUCCAUUGAACACAGCGCUCUCACUGCAGGGAACAAUAAGCUAUAGCAUGUUUUCUGUAAUGCAGUGGAUAACAGAUAAGCUUAUAUACCUCUGGGUAAAUUGGAUUAAAAGUAAAUAUGUCUUGAGCUUGUUGGACAUGCAAUUUAAAAUAAGCUGGGUAAAAUUGAAUAAAACUAACAGUUGCCAAUAAAUAUCACUAUUGAUCAAUCCCUCUGUGAUGAAAGCCACUAAAAAGUUUGAUUUCAAACUGCAUUUUCCUGCUCUUCAAGCCUAUAAAAACCCUUCUGUUUAAGACUACCGGUAUGUUACUCUAUAAGCUUUAUACAAAACCAAGUACAUAUCUUUCCAAUUAAUUGUGCCUAAUGUAAAUGGCAUUUGGACAUUAAGUAAUUGACAGGUGCUUUAAUAGCUUUUGAGAGAAGGUUGAUGUAGAUAGGAUGCUAAAAGCUUUGGAGCUGCAGCUCAGUUGGUGUCUCCCUCACUUCAUUUUUAUAUUUUACAAGCAUGAUCAGGGCAUACAGAUGAGAAACAUCCGAGUGACUGAGUCUGACUCAUUUGUGCCUGUGUUAAUUGCAUUUACACUGCUCAUUUACAUAAUUAGAUUAAAUAAAACAGAACAUGACAACAUAGGCAAAAUGCACAUGAAAAAGAUUAACUUUUUGAAACACAACAUCACAGAAAUGUCAUCUGCCUUGCUUCUGAAAAGAAAGAAAUCAUAUGAGAAUAACUUUACACUUAGAUAAGACUGAUUUAAAUCCUGUCUACACAUGUACAGGUAGCCUAUCACAGGUUUGAAUGCUCUUGGCUGAUGCUUAACAGGCUAAGGACUGGAUGUGCAUUAGAGCAUCUUAGCUUCAUUACAGUUCACUAUGCUCUGCUUUACUGUGGGGAUCGGUGACUGGGGGCCGAAAAUCAGUGAAGCAAGUGGCUUCAAGAGGCGCUGUGUGUCACAGGCGGAGCGGUCCUCACACACCACGCACGACGUUAGGAGUUCCCUCUCCUCCACCGCGAAAACGCCCCUCUCCUCUCCUCUCUCGUAGCUGAUCUCCGGCCGUGAGCCCUCUUUGCCGCCUCGUGCCUGUCUGCCGUCCCCGCCUGUAGGCUGCAUCUCCCGCGGCAGAGCUAACGGCGCUCCGGGGCGGUGGCGGCGUCCGUCCUCCAGUUUCCUGCGAUCUCAAUGGUCAGAAUCCGGACCAAAGCCUGACACUCAGACCUGACAGGACAGGUAUGUGUUUUAUUCAUUCGUGUGAUGACAGCGGAACAGGUGCAUGCUGCAUUUGCCGGUUGUGAUGAAAUGACAUUGUGGGCGAGGGACGGGAAGCGUCUUCGUACCGGGAUGAGCUUUGCUUUAAAGCGAGCUCUGCAUGCUCUUUGUGCUUCAAGUGUCAUGGAGGGAUGGAAAGGGUGUUGCCACACAGCCUUAAUCCGAGCAAUAUGGUCGUCAGGCUGGUUUAAUAAGCUUCACAGAAUCAGGACAUCCUUGUUUCAUGCAUAUCAAGGCCCUGUGGGCAGAGAGUCAGCAGGUGCACCUUUCUUAUCGUCUUACUGAAUCGCAUAGAACCAGAUCUGAACACAACCAGCCCUCAUACAAUUGUUCAGACCUAUUCUUAGACAUGUCAGUGUGUGUAAGAGAUGGAGAUUUUUCGGUGUGGAGCUAUAGGCUAACAGCUGAUGCUCAAGAUAAUGAGCUAAUUGACACGGAGUGUAUUGUCGCGGGUGUGGCAGAGGGGGCAGGCGUGGGCGCCUCGGCCAUAGUUCGUCUCUUGAAACGUGAAAUGCAAUGUCAGAAAAGUGGGCUAUUAGGCUUUUGAUACCCUUUUAAACAUUUUUUGAGCUAUUAGGCUCUUGAUACCCUUUUACUGUAUUUGUUCUCAUAGAUUGCUUUAAGAAAUUAGGGGGAAUUUAAAUAUUACCUUCCUAAUAUCUAGAUUUUUAACAAAAAGGGAGGCAGGUGUGGAAAAGGUGUAGGCUUAUAGAGAAUAACGGUUCAUUUAUGCAUGAUUUGGGUUACUGAGUUCCAUCAAUAUGCAAUAUUACUCUCUGUGCCAUACAUUGAAAGUUGUAAACAAAAAGAGUUUUACUAUUUGGUGACAGUAGAAUCAUUCAAUAUGUUAUUUGUUUAAAUGAACUACCUUGAAAACUUAACACAAGAAGCAGACCUAGAUUGUUGCACAGUCUGUAUAAAACAUGGGUGUAGCCUCUGUGUUGUGACCUAUUGAUUUCUGAGGAAGUGUUAUUAAGCCAAACCUUAGUGGUCACCAUACUGGAAGUGGUGACCGCAGUGUAUGCCUGCCUGUCAAUCAAGUCACUGAUCAUGCAUAACUCAGCCUUAAUAUUGUAAGCUUGAACAGUGAAGUCAAAUAUAUUUCAGUUAACUAUUAUAGUUUACUGUCUUCAAUUUAAGCUAAAAAAUUGUAUUUAGAAUUCAUACAGAGAACUAUUCACAAAGUGUUGACAGGUUCAUAUUUACAUAUUUACUGGUUGAAAUGCUUUAUUCGACAGCUGUUUGUGAGGAUGAGCAGAUUAUGCAGAAUGUGUUUCUGAGGUUCAUUUACAUUUACGUUGUGUUCCUAGCCUCUGCUUGGUAAGUGCUGUGACAUGUGAUCAGGGUUGUCCAGGAUGUAACGUUUUUGGGUUAUGUUGUGGUUAUGACAAGAUGGCGAAACAGUAAAAGUGCUGUUAAGAAAGUUAUCCGUCUCCAUCCUGCUGUUUCAAUCAAUCAAUCAAUCAAUCAAUCAAUCAAUCAAUCAAUAUUUAUACAGCACCAAUUCACAACAGUCGUCAUCCCGAGACGCUUUUCAAAGAAAAAGAGCAGGUCUAGACCACACUCAUUGUUUGAUGAAUCAUCAAGACCCAACCUAAGAUGGGCCCAUCUCAUUUAACAUGAGUAACAGUGGCAAGGAAACAUUUCCUUUUAACAGGCAGAGACCUUAGGUAGGACCAGACUCAUGCCAGACAGCCACCAGGCCGCUGCUGGGUUGGGGAGGAAUACAGAGAGAGAUAGGGAGAGAGAGAGAGAGAGAGAGAGAGAGAGAGAAGUGGAGAGAGGGCAGGGGGAGAGAAAGAGAACAAUCUCAUCAUUCUCAUCAUUAGAAUUAUCAAACCACUGUACAUCAAACCUUCACAUUACAAUAUGGUCAAACAGAUGAGAAAUGAAAAAAACAACAACACCCUGUACAGUGUGUUUGAGUCAAAAUAUGAGCCAAUCAUAGGAAAACUAUUGUUUGUACCUGGAUUUAUACUUGUUUCUCUUAGAUAGAUAAAUAGGCAUUUUGACAUAGGUGUUAAAGGAGAUAACUGGGCUUUUGGUUCCAGCCUCAAGUGUUCAAUAGUGGUACUGCACUGCUUUGCUCAUCUGCAUUACCAUUAUCUUUUAAUACCCAAUAAUGAUCUAUGGAUCAUCAGUGGAAGAGGAAAAACUUGAGUCACAGGCAGAAACCUGGAAGACAGCCAUUUGCCAAAACUGUACGUCACAUUCUUAAAAGGAGUAGACAGAUGCUGUAACACAGAGACAGAUAUAAAUAACAAAGCUAUGACAAAGUUUACUAAUAAAUAAAAAGUGCAGUUUUAGAGAAUGCUCCAUAAUUGCACCACUCAGCGGCUUUUGUUCCAACAUCUACAGACAAGGCAGACAGCAACAGUCACCAUUAUCAGCAAUGCAGCUUCUGUUCACCCUCAUCCCACUCACACAGACUGUCAGUCCUCCUGUAUCUGCCUCUUUAGAUUGCAGCCCCGCCACAGGCUACAGUAACUCACAGACUGUGGAUUUGUGAAGUCAGGAAGGAGAAAAUUAGACAUUAAAAUGUCCAUCUGUCCAUCUGUUGUGUUGUCCUUCCAUGCAUCCCUUGAUCUCAUUUUUACACUGUUUCACCUGCUCCACUUUCAGCAUCCCAUGGUGCAACUGAGCAGCAUGGCACUCUUCUGCUUCAACCAUGUGCUCAUUCAUAUUAAAAGGGAAAGCCUUAGUGUGGAUGCAUGUUGGGUUCUAGGAAUUAUUCAAUACCUGCUUAUUCAACCGGAGUCAAGGUGAUUCAAGGAGUCAUGCAACAGGGGAUAAAGAGAGGAAAUUACAUGCUAUAUUUCCCACAGAGUAAUUGGCUUUUACCCAUGAAAACCAAGAUGUAACAGACGUUCAAGACAACAAGGAGGGAAUAAAAUGGCUGAAGGCUGAACAAGCAGAGACUCCAUUACUUCCUGGUUGAUGUGUAACCUCAGUGCAAUCUAUCUCCAAUGUGGGGUAAAGGUGAGGUCACAUGACGUUGAGUGUGCAUGCAUGUGUUCUGUGUGUGUAAAUUCAGCUUGCAUGCUUGUUUAAGCUAGAACACUUCAAUACUGCUCUCCCACGAGUCCUAUUUUAAUUCAUCCUGUGAUCGAUUUGUAAUAGCUCAUUGAAGCAGAGCCAGUGGUCCGUUCACAGCCAGAGUGGAAUUCUCUACAAGAUAAACUCACAUCCCAAAGAAGUGAGAGGAGCUUUCAAAGGCGUAUUAAAGAUAACAGCAUAUAAUGAACUGUCACUUUUCUGCCAUAUCAUCACAAAUCAUAUGUUGCAGAAGAUAAUGAUAAACUCAGUAAGAUAUCCUGUUUACUGUUUUAUUCUUCUGCUCUGAAAGCUUACUUAGGUUUGACAGGUAAAAUACUUUGACAAUUCUAUUGCCAGAAAACAAAUUAAAUGCUACCUCAAGGCCAGUGAGACAGUGGUUUGAUCUAAAAGGGGAAAAAACAAGGCUGCAAAAUUAAUGUCAUGUUGAAAAAAAGAAAACUAGGAUCAGUUUGAGAUGAACUAAAUUUAGCUAAUAAAAUAGCGUAUUUUUUAUAGAAACUGAAAUACUUGAUUGGAUGCACAAGAAUUAAGAGUAAACGCUUACCCUUAAACACAACACCCACAGGAUGUGUGUUGGGUGCAUUCACUUAGUAUCACGUGCUAAUCCAGCAGCAACAGGUCAGCAAAUAUGUCCCCAUUCGAGUUAAUUCAGCAUUGCACACAGGAUGUGUAACAGUGUGUCUCUGUUCCAUCCCAGAAGCAUCUCUACACGCUUCUCCGCUAAAGAUACGCGCUAAGGCCGUUUACGAUAGAGCAUUCGCCUGGCACUAAUCAAUCUUCACAGAGAAGAUCAUGCUGAACAAGAUGUCACGCACAGGACAGGUGAAUGUAAUCCUGUAAAUUCCAAUAUAAAACCCCAUAUGCAGACUCCUGACUGUUUAUCAGUUCGUGUAGAUGAGAAAUACUUCCUGGUUAUAGAUUUAUCAUUUACACAGAACAACCCAAUGGCCAAUUCUUGAUCCAUAUGGACCACAACAGGACUUUUAGCGGCUAACUCCAACUGAAGGUAACAGCACAGCUAAGUAGAACAUAGUUUACUUUAUUAAACACAAAUAAACCUGCAAAAAUCCCAACUUUACAAUCAUGUUGCUUGUUGACAUAUAGUAGAAGCUCAACAGUCACAGAAUAAAGUCCAAAUUAGUAGAAAAUCGACCACAGAAGGGCAGAGCAACCUGUUGUGAGUCUGUUGCAUUUUAUAUACUGAGUCCAGCUGACUGAGGCUGCUCUACGCUGCAUGCUGCUACGAUCCAAACACACUUCUAGAGGGCGAUAACACGAGCUGCCCGACAGAGCCAAAACACGACUGUGACAGAACAGGUCCAACACGCAUCCUGUGGGGUUUUGGCUUUACAGCAAGGCACCACAGUGUGGUUUUCUCCUAACUUUCUGAAAAAUCAACUUGAAAGAAAUAUUGAACGGAUGUUCAGAUAUGUUUGAAUUACGCGAUUUCAUCAGUGAUAGCCUUUUUAUAAGCUUCUAGCAAGGGGUCUUGCUGUAAAAAGGGCAGUCAUAUAGGGUCUAACACUUCCCGUGGUGCCUCCUCCUCACAUGGGUGGCAAGGUGAGCCUGCAUAUUUGUUAUUUUUGAUGACACCUGCUUUGUAGAAAGUUCACAAACUUACCUUUUUUUGACAGUAGGCUUGAUGCACUGGUAUACUGUAUUAUUAUGUGUUCAUAUCACUCAUUACAGUUGCAAUAUAAACUCUUCCCUGGGAGUUGGAAUGAAGGUUUGAAUUUUGGAUGAGAAGUGGCAGCCCAAGUGGUGUCUGUCAGAUGCAUUACAGGGUCAUAUGAUAUCUAGCUGCCUGUUGUGGGUUAGACAUUAGGUGAGACAAAGUGGUGCAAGAAAACAGAGGGGAAGACUCACUGGCAGCAGAGCCAGCACACUCUUUCAUCAGUUAAUUUUAUCAGCAAUCUGUAAAAAUAUAUCCCUGAUACAGAUAGGCAGCAACAUACUAAAUAUUGGUUGCAAUAAUUAGCCCAGGCCAAUAAUCAGUCGAUUCAUGGUGAAUGAUUAAUUGUGGUGACUUCUGACCUUUGAUGUUUAAGUGUCAACAAUAACAAUAAUAAUACUGGUUAGUCAUAUUAAUAGCUAAAAAUAACUUUUUUUAAUACUUUGACCAACCAGGAUCAAGAAUUUGAAUGUUGUGUUCAUAACUGGUUUCAAUGACUUACUGUUCACAAGAAAACAUUUUCACUGACAUUAGAUUUAAUAUUGUUGCACCCUCUCCCACAGUCUCUGCCUUCACCCUGCCAGCCCAGUGUGCACACUUCUGCAUGAAGUGUCUCACUCUUCAGCGCAGUCACAUGACUCUUCACCUUUUCUCUAUCUUACAUGUGUGUCAUCCAGCAAGGAAAAAAAAUACCCGAGGCUGUUUUUCUCUUUCUUUAUCUUAUUUUAACUUGCUUGGCAGGCUAUGUUAGGCAAAGGUUCCCAUAGUAACUGCAUUUUAAACAGCCACGCCUGAUGCUUCUGUGUUAACUAUCCUCGGUGACGCUCUCCUCUUUGGACCAAAAAACUGAACAGUGCUGCAGGCUCAGGGUGGUGCCUGUCACUUUCUUGUCAUUGCAGUGACAAGUGAAAAUGUGUGUUUGUUUUAUUUUAUUUCUUUCUAUUUUACUCUGCCAGUAGAUGUAUUUAAAAAUGAAGACGAGCAUGCAGAAGAUUGUUGUCUUUAGUUUAAUUGAGUGUGACUGCUGUGAUAAAGUGGAUUAUAAUCGGGGAGUUGGGAGCUGGCUUUUUGUUCCUGGUUAAUUUGUACUUGAUGGAUUUAUUUUUCGAGGUAAUUCAUCACCACAUUAAAGAAAACCAUUAUAAAACUAAAUCCUCAUUUAUUAAAUGCAUUGUAUUGUUGUCUUCUAAUGAGGCCCUGCAUUCUUUGUGAAUACUCUGAGUCCAGCUGAAGUCAUGAUGAUAAGGCUGCUUAAAUACACAGGUGGUGGACAAAAUAAUAGCAAAACUUCUAUGAUAUUAUGCAAUCAGGGAAAUAGCACUGCAAAAAUGUUCACAUUCAGAAGCUCAUAUUGUUCAGAUUCUGUUUAGGCGGCACACAAAGUUGCUGAUUAGAUUCUGUGUUCAGUUGUCAGAGUAUGGUUUAGGAUGCUGCAUUGUACUGUACAAUAGAGGACUGUACAAAAAAUAAUGUAUCUGCAGUUUGUCUCAGUGAAAAGUCUGCAGGAUGUUUGGUAGUCUGGGCUCUGUGAAUGUGUUGACAGUGUGUCAACAUGUCGCACAAUCAUUGUCAUCCUCACAAGUUUCUCUAUAAAACUGGUUAUUUGCAUUAGCUUGUUUUGUGAUAGAAAAUUCUUUCAGUCAUGUUCUAGAGAUUCAGAUCACUUUUGACCUCUGUGUAACACACACACGCACGCACGCACGAACGCACACAUACCUUGUUCCACAUCCUUACAUGACCCCUGUGCAAGACAUGGAUGUAAGAUGAGUUCGUAGUGUAAAGCGUGAGAGGGAUGUUGAUAAUUUAGAUACUCAUCUCAUAAGUGGUACAAUACAUUUGACAGUUCAUUUUGACAGAUUUCACUGCCUGAUUUGUUUUAAUUAGGCAGGAUUAGCAUUUCAAUGCCCCUUUAUCUUUUUGGUCGAAUUUUGAUGCACUCAUUUCCCACCUUCUCUGACUCCAAACAAACACACACACACACGCACACACACACACACACACGCACGCACGCACGCGCGCACGCACGCACACACACACACACACACACACACACACACACACACACACACACACACAAACAAAUAUAAAGGAACCUGGUACUUUAGAUAGUGGUGCUCAGAAGGCGUAAUAACCCCCAUGAUUUCCCCUGCCGUGGCGUGCAGCUGACUCCACCCAUGACAGUGUUCUUGUAUGGAUGCAGGUAGCACCACUCCCUCUGGGCUCACUCUCCCUCUUGUAAAGAUGAACUUGCAGCCUCAUUGGUUUGUAAGGCGCAUCGUUUAUCUCUGUUGUGGUGUGACAUGAUUUGCAGCAGACUUAACAGUGCUGCUAUGCAAUCUGCCUCCAGGACUGCUGAGUGCCAAAGGUUUGGAGAUUGUGUGUGUGUGUGUGUUUGUGUGUGUGUGUGUGGGAAUGUGAUUUCCUCCAGAACAAGGACAUCUUGCCACUCCCAUUUCCCCAUCCCCUACCUUCUGGUUGCAGGUUUCUCAGAACCAUCCUUUGCUUAGCAAGGAUUGAUAGACCGUCCGUGUGAGCCAUUAGAAGGAAAGCACUGAUUAUGAAGCCAAGAUGAAGAGAGCUGCAUGAUAAAAUGGCAAAGCUCAAUGAGGAAUGCUCUGUGAUUGGAUUGGAUACAGUGGGAGCAGGCUUUGGAUUACAUACAGUAAUUUAGCACGCUCCAUAUUGAGUAGGCUAGAUUUAAUGGUUUGUAUGUGACAGCUCAUGCUAUUGCUUUUUAGCAAAAGAAGCUUCUUCCUUGUACACACAUUUACAGCACAGAAUUACAAGCUUGAAGUUGUUGGAGCCAUUUUAGUCUUAGUCCACUGUUUCUUUUAAAUUGUACAUGUAAAGUGAAUAAUAUCAAAAGAAAGAAACUUUAAAGGUCCUAUAGGAUGUUUUUGACAUUAAUGAAAUUCAGUAAAAUUCAUAAUAAUGCCCUCUCAUGACACCCAAAAGCAAGCAGACUGAACCACAGGAAUGAAGAUUUUUAUGCCUAAAAUCAGUGCAAGGAGGUAGAUGGCAGCCUUAGAGCUGAAGACACAGACCUGCUUUGGCAAUUUUAAAAUCAAAUAUUCUUAAUAAAAGAUGCAUUUGACUGCCAGAACCCUGCUGGAUAGAUUUUUGGCAAAAAUCUAUCGUAAAGCAUGUAGAGGACAAGAUGAGCAAAGACUGCACUGUCCACAGGGGGCACUAAAAUUGAUUCAAACUCAAAGUUCCUCACAGGAGCUUUAAUGUAAAGCAAAUAAUGUAAUCCAGUUGGGAACCUUAGCUGUGGUAUGCUUUUGAAUACUUUUCUCCCUUCCUCUAAAAUUGAUGCUUUCUGUAUUAACAAACUUUGUUUAGCCUGUCAACAAAUUAGCAUGAAUUAAGGGUGUAGCUUAUCAAAUGAUACCACAGUUGACAUCUUAUUUUAGCAUGUAAGUAUAUUAAAAUUAGUGCUUAGCCUAAGCUUGUUUUUUAGAUUAUAUCAUUUAUGAGUAGUGAGUCUUAAAGCAUAAAAGCUCAAAUUUAACAGUCUAUUGAAGCAGAGGUUUGAUGGAUAUGCUCACCUUUCCUUAAGAUUUUAAGUCUGAUUUACAUGUGAAUACCUUUACUCAUUGUCUGCAUGAAAAGCUUUUUAUGGCAGAGUUUAAACCUUAAAGAGCUUGAGUAACCUUUGCAAGACCUUUGCAAACUUAAGCCCACCUGUUGCUUAGAAUCCAGGUGAUUAAUCUUUAGUUACAGAGAACCACUCACACUUUUUGGGACGAAAACCUUACGAACUAUUUUUCUGUCAAUAAUGACUCAAUAAAUAUUGGAACAUGACAUUAAUUUUGUAAUGGAUACUGGUAUGUUGACAUGGCAGAUUAACAAAUAAAAAUAAAUAUCUGAUUUGUUCUUGAAAUUUGGAAACAGUUUUAUUGCUUAGCAGGUUGUCAGAUAUAAUUAUUGGUAUUUUUGCGCUUUAAAUGGUGUGUUCAGAUCAAUACUAAAAUUACCAGAUUUGAAAUGAAAUAAAAAGGCACCUCUAAAAGAGAGAAAUAGCUAAGUUCCAACUUUGAUCAUUGCGUGUCAGAGAUAGCAUGGAGAAGGGAGUCACAUGGAAAUUGUGGCUUCAGUCCUCCGGGCCAGUCGGCCUUUCCAGUUAACUGCCUGAGUAACAAGAAGUUUUUGUUCUUGGCACAGAGACCUGUGGCUGUAUUUGUAGUCCAUUGAUGUAAUAUUUUAUUAAGUCCUGAAACCAGACAGAUGGUUUCGUUGGAGCUGACUGUGUGUUUCUGAGCAAAUGCUUCAUCCCUUUAAAUGUCCAAAUGCAUGAACAGCGCUAAUUAACAGGUGUAUAGUUAGGGGCAUGCUUUGUUCAUUUUGUCCAUGAUGUAGUCAAAAAUGACUGAAAAGACUCUCUGGCCGGGGAGUACAAAUGCUGCUAAGAGAUCACAGAGCCCAUUUUUAUGUGCUUCCCUCUGUACGAGUACCACAAAGUGUACUUUGACUACUGCUAUGGACUGGUGACACUCACACUGCAAAAUAAACAACAUUAGAUAUAAAAAUAAAUGAACAAAAUAUACUUUUGUGGAGGAUAGUGUAAAGAUAAUUCAGUGUCCUUCUCUUGUUUCACAUGUCUAUGUCCAUAACACAAAUAUGAAAUGUGCUAUUCAUUUCUGUAGUAUUAUGGCGUUGAAUAAAGUGAGGUAAAACACAAUUCUAACACACAUAGUCUCUAUGUGUGUUUUUCAUGUUUUACUCAAUAGCUAUGUUGGCAGCGUGUCCUCUCCUUAUCCAAGUUAAAUCAGACACAUUCUCUUAACCAUUCAAUUGGCUAUCUCUUCACCAGCUUCAGCUUUGUCUGACUGUAUCCAGUGGAACAGUGUAAAAGCACAGCCACUACAAACAGGCUAAAUUCAGACUUUUUUGAUGUAAUUAUUGCAAAUACUUGUGUUGCAAUAGUGAUAAUUAAAUUGAAAUCUAUAACGCAACCUUGUUAGUCAGUUAGUGCAUGAGCUGAUGAACCUGCAAUCUAAAAGCCCUGACGGUGACUGUUUUAAAUCUGAAACGUAAGACUAGUUCAAUGGGCCGUGUUAAACGGUUAUAGCCUGUCAUAAAAGCUGAACAAAGGCAGCAUCUUCAUUGAAAGGUAAGUUACACUAAUGAUAAUAAAACAAGAAAACUAUAUCAAGACCCUUGUUUUUCUCACUCAGGACUUGUGCUCUCUAGUUGUAGCUAUAAUUUGAGUUUUACUUGGCAGUAUGCUUUUCAUUCUAUAUACGCUGUAGUGCGCCCAGAGUUUUAGAGAGAGUGUACCUGGACAAAUGUGUUGUCUUUUCAAAAUCUUGAAUGAUAGCAAGGCCCUGGACAGACCCUUUAAGCUGCCAUGAUUACUUUUUUAAUGCUCAUAACAAGAGCACUAUGACAGAGAUAAGAGCUGUAGAAAUGCAUUUGCACAUAAAGUAGCUGAAUGGAAACAAAUCAUAAUAAUGACAUGCAGUGUGGGGGCUAGAACUUGUUUGGGGGAUGUUGCAAAAAAUGAUUCAGAGUAUGAUGCCUUUCUUGAAACAACAGCACACAAAAUGCCAGAAAAACUGAAGUGAACAAAUGUGGCUUGUUUUAGCAGGCAGGGCGGAUAUACAGAGCUAAAUUCUGCACUUUGAUCUAAAAGCUGUAAAAUAGAGCAAUCAGCAGCUUCCACAGUGAGGGGGAAGAUGAACUGUUCCAACAAUAAAAGCUCUGAAACCUCACAAAUUUUGGGAGAUGAUUUUCAAUCCUGGGUGCUAUAAUUUCGAAAUAUGGUAGGUUUUCUGCCGUAUUUAGGGCAGGCUUAGACUGUGGAGGUCCUUUUUAAGACCAUAAUCUCUGGAGAAAAAAAAAAAGACCAGCACAGCAUUGACACCACAGGGCAGGAAUUGUCCUUUUUUUUGGAGAAAGCUUGGCACUCCAUAAAAUUAUCUCGUUACAUCUUUAUUGCUAGGCCCUUAUAAUGUGUGCUGAUGAUGGUUUGACUGCCACUUUUUUGCUGUGUUACCUCUGUUUUGGUCUUCCUGUGGAGACAGGCAAACCUUUUGAGCUGUCAGUACAUGUACAGUUAGGAAUCCACAAGCUGUCAUCCAUGUGCUUUCCUCGCUCUACUCGGACAUAUUUCUGAGAUGCAGGAUUUGACAGAUUUCUACUGCCCACCCGCUGAUGAACAACGGGCCUGUAGGAAACUGACGCCUGCCUUAGGACUUAUCAAUUUAUGGGGCCUCUAAAUUGACAGUGUCUUUGUUUUAGAGCCGGUCUGAAGACGAAUGAACUUGGGCAGGCCACUAUAAACAUCAUGGACAUAGCUCUGCCCCAAAUGAUCAGCCAUCAUGUCACUUGCUAUCUAGCCAUUUAUCUGAGCUGCCCAGCUGGAGAUGAUGAUUGGUUGCAGCAUUGUGUGGAUUUUGCUUCAUUUUGUCGGACAUCGUGCAGUUUGAGGCUCUCUUCCUCUCCAGUGAGAGCAGUUGAUUCUAGCUUACAUCAGGCCAGCAGCUCUGCUUGGUAGUGAUUACUGCGUAACUCAACUGAGAGAGAGAGAGAGAGAGAAAGAGCACAGAGGAGGUCAUCUCCACAGAUAGCCGGACAUGGCGAGCUGAUAGAGUCCUGGAUGAGAAGACCCAGAGAUAGGGAUGACUGUGCAUGUGUGCAUGAGUGUGUAUGACUGACACAAUAAAGGAACUAGACCAGCUCAAUCUGUGUCUUAUCUGAAAAGAUUUUGAGCAGCUGAUCAGCUAAGCACAGCUUAUCUGAUUGUUGCAGUGUUUUGUCACACACUUGAGAAGUGACACUUAUGUAACUAAGCAUAUUUAUCUCAUUUGGAGAUACCAUCUUUUCUCUUUGUUCAAAGCAUACACUCCACAUCUAAGAAAUGAGGUGUAUUGGCUUAAUUCUUGAUUACCUUUUUCACAAAGUAACACUUAAUAUUUUAAUACAGUACAAAAUUUUUGAAAUGCAGAGGCAAAUACUUAAUGCAGAAAAACAGAGGUUUAAAGAUGUCUCAUACAUAAACACAGUGUUGGACCAUCUGUAUACUUGUCUGUGUUGUGACAGCCAGCCUGGGAGGUGCUAAUGACUCACUGCUCUCCUCCAUUCUGAAAGAUUUACAGGGUUACAAGUGGAAGGUGAAUUUUCCACGAUAAGGUCAGGUUGUGUGCUUUGUGUAAGAGAGAGUUGGAAGAUUAUUUUGGAGUCAAUUUUAAGGCCAAUAUUUAUUCAAUACUCGUUGUGAUAAGUUGUGUUAAGCAGUUGUGCAUGUUGAGACGUAGUUGAGAGAAAAAAAAAAAGACAGAAAUUCUCUCGUGUGACAAAAUUUAACUUUUAAGAUCCACUCUGAUAAAAAAUCAUGUUUUUCUUGUUGUCUCCAUGCUCAUAUGGCAUUUUUCUGAUGCUACAGGACAUAUGAGAAAAAUAAGUGCAAAAUUUCAUUUCUGAGUAUUCAUUCAAAUCGCUGUGAAUCUCUGACAGACCCAAACUAUAGGCUUAGACACAGUGAGAUUUCCUAUGUCACAAUUCCAAGCUCCGCCCCCGGGGCCCUAUGCGCUAUGCGGUCCAGACUCUGAGAAGUAGAGAGGACAAGUGUGUGUGUUAGGGGAUUGCAAUGCUAGUAAGAAAGCUAAUUAUGAUAUUAGCUGUUGUCAUGCCCCACAAACAUUAGUGUCUGAGAGCUGAAUAGCUCAUGUUACCUGCGUCUUCUACUACACCGGCAAUGUUAGGCUGCAAGCUAUGUGAAGAGGAGUGGCUCAGAGGUGAAUUGCCAAUGAGCUACUGGAGCUCUGCAGAAGAAAAGAGCUUGAAAAUGACAAAGGUAAGGUGAUUUUGGCGGAAAAACUUCAAAAUCACAAUUUAAAGACCACUGAGAACACUUUGAGUAGUAAAAAAGAAAAAAAAAAUCAUCGGAGUGGGACUUAAAGUUGUGUGGAGAUGGCACUGGAAAAGAAUUUAGACUAUCAUGUAAUGGUUAUCUUUUGGGAGGUGGAGAGGGUUGUGCAUUGAAGGGAUUUUAUAUCAAAAAAUCUUGGCUGUGUCCCCAGCAAUCAACAGUCACCAACUGAUUGAGGUUUUUUGGCAGGAGCUCUUCUAAAGUAUCCAGUACAAACUCAAAAACAUUUACAUGAAGACAUUAAUUAGAUGUUUUUUAACUUCAAAUAUAGUUUUCUGGUUUCUGACCUUAAGCAGGGCAUAUUUCAGACUGAACAGACUCCACAUUUACCAAGCUAAUACACUGAAAGAUGGUUCAUGUUGGGUAAUUGAAAGAAAGGAGGCUUCAAAAGAUGUUUCAUUUCAUGUCUGUUUCAAUUCAUUGUUUAGAUUUGUUUUCAUUUGUAGACUCUUUUGUCCAACCCCUGCACAUUUUUAGUCGAUGGAGGUUUCGGGAUGAAGAACACAGUAUAUUUAUAUUGUAAUCACCAUCCAGUUAUAUCAUAAAGAGCACCAGGCCUAUCAAAUGCAAUUUCAUACAACAACCUAAUACGGAAACUACUUGUAGAGAGUUUCUUUACUUUUGGUUUUGUUGACAUAAUCAGACAGGUGAGUUUUGUAGUGAAUUAUUGAAUACGGAGUGGGUGGUGGUUAUUAUAGUUUGUCUUAUUGAAAGGUGCCCCUCAUGCUUUUCCCCCUUCAGAUAUGAUAAUAACAAAAUAUUAGGGAAGCUUUGAAUGUACUGCAACCCAAUUAGGCUGUCACAGUGUCAGAUUUCACCUCAGUUUUUGUGGUCAUAAAACAUGUGCAGUUAAGUUAUUAUCCUAAUAUUUUGGCUAUUGAAAACUUGAAAAUAAAACAGCACAAUUUAGUCAAAUUGAGGAAAAGCCAGACAAGGCUGGAGUAACAAAUCACCUUAUAAACUUAACUAAUACAGAAACUGACCUUACAUGUCAUCAAAUGUUUGUUAUGAUGUUUAAAUUUAUGAUUUAUCCACAUUACCAGCUUUGCAAUUGAAGGUUCUGUGAAGGAGACUCUGCAUCGUAAAUGAUGGUCAUGCUUUUGUUUUGUUAUCGUUUCAUCUUGUGUUUAGUUCCUUUAUCUCUUGCAUGGUGAAACUACGCUUUUACUUUGAAAUUUUAGGUAAAUUGUUGGUCACUGAAUCAAAUGUAAACAGUUACAAGAAUGGUUACCAAGUACACUUUUUUGGACUUUUUAGGAUUCACAAUAAAGGUCCUUACACACCAGGGUCGAAACGAAUAUAGAACGCAAAAUCACGAAAUAUACGGAGGCGAAUUUUGAUGCGCCUGACUAUACACAUCAAGCCCGAUGCGAUUUUGCAACUUUUUUUCUGCAGAAAAAGACGCAUCCCAAAGAAGACCUUUUCCAGGGGAAAGUCCCGCCUCCUUCGCCUCUGAUUGGCCACAAAAGCUGUUAACAUCAUCACACGCUCAAGCCUAACGGUCAGCACUUAUAGCCAAUAAGAGGCGAAGGAGGGCGGCACCAUACCUUAACAACCUACAUCGUCCCUGUUGGAAACGAGAAGACAAAAAUGGAGCCUACUUCAACUUCAAGUGAUGGCGAAUUGGUACUUAUUUUGCUUUUUCAAAAAAAAAAAAAAAGGAACGUAGCACAUGGGUGCAUCCAAUAUUGAAAAAGCGAAGAGAACUUGGUGAGUUUCACUGCUUGGUUCAGGAGCUGAAACUGUACCAUGGUCACUUCAGAACCUAUUUUCGGAUGUCCGUUGGACAAUUUGAAGUUCUGCUGAAACAAUUAGCUCCAAGUCUGAAGAGGCAGAGGACUAGACACUAGUGCUGAGAUGGCUGUCUGUCAUGAUAGCAUGUACUGAGUCGGGGCCAGUACCAGAUAAGCACAUGAAACUAUGGUAUCAACCGUUAGCUUACGUUAGCACAGAUGAAAGUUAAAACAAAGACAUUUAGCAAACUGUUAAAGCACACAAAACAUCGUCAUAUCAGAAAUCCAACGCUAUGACUCUCCACCAGUUGUCCUUUUGGUCGUUAUCUUUGUAAUGUGUGUGUGUAAACAAUCAGCCGAUCGGCCAUGUUGGAUAUACCGGUGAAUCUGAUGUCGCAACAACACGCAAUCUGAUUGGUCAGAAGUGGAAACACAGGAUGCAAAAAUCGACCAUGAUCCGAAAAACUAAAUGCCGCAAUAUCUCAGAAUGGGAAAACGUUGCUGAUGUGAACGCUUGUAUUGACAGGAUACGGGUUUGAAAAAAAAUAUCGACGUCCAAAACAAUCGCGCGGAAAAAACGGUCCUGGUGUGUAUGGACCUUAAAUCUUGAAAAUUCGGUUUUUAGUUGUUUUAUCUGUAAGUUAGCUUGCAAGCAGUCUGCUACUUCUUCUUCAUGUAGCUGUGACAACCAAGGUAAAAGAUGAUUACUAUGAACUCAGGUAUGAUGGUAUGCUUAUUUUUAGCACAGUAUCAGUAUUCUUGCCAGGGUUUGUUUUCCUGAAGGGACCCAAAAGCAGGCAGCAGAGUCAGAGGAAGCUUUAAGUGGUUUUAUUGAUAAAGAUAGGUGCGGGAUGUUGAGAGGUCCAGGGUCCAAGGGGUGGAGGAGAUCCGUGGUAAGGGGGUGAGGCUGUAUGUGAGCUGGAGAAGACAAGAGUGUGUGGAAGUCGUGACAGAGGUUGGGUAGGCGCUGGCAGCUGGUGGAGGUACUAGAGGAGAAGGAAGACAACAGGGGUGAUUAUCAGGCGGAACAGUUAAAGAAAAAGUCUCAAAAAAUUGAAAAAUACUCCCUAGAGGCCGAGAUACCACUGAAGAAGCAGGAAUAAUCUAGCACUGAGCAGUCAGAGAGCAUAGCUUAAGAGCAGGUGGUGAUUAGGUUGAUCCAGUGCAGGAGGAGCUUCAGCUGACGAGGAGCCGCCCAACCUCUGUAAGGGGAAAAGGGAGACUUCACACACACACAAAAAAAGACUCCAUGAUGUCCUCAAAUGAUAAAACCAGUGUAAUCAUGACAAUUCUAUUUUUUUGAAAAGACAGGUACUAUCGGUACAUCAUAGUGCCCACUACAAGUUAAAGGAUUAAUCAAGAACUACUAUCACUUAUGACAGCUAUACUUGAAACUAUAGAGACUUUGUAAAAGUAGAAGUGCUGAUAGAUCAGCGGUUGAAGCUAACGCCAAGUGUUGCUUGUAGUUGCAAAUGGGUCAAAAUCUAAAUACUCCUCAGAAUUGUAUCUAUUUUCUAUUCAUUUGCUAAUCAAUUGUUUAGUGAUGAAAUAAAAACAUAUUUUAUAAAAUGUCCUCCUGUAGCACUUGUAACCAUCAAUAUGAUACUGUGGCUUUUUAUCUGUUGCCCACCUGCUGUUAGCUGGUGGAUAAACCCAGACAAAAAUACAAAGACAGAAAAGUGUAAACAACUUAAUACUUAAAUCUUGAAAGGUUACUGUUGUCUUGUCUCAGUGACUGAUGCUCAUUUAACAGUUUGGAUAAACAGUAAGUGUGGGCUGCACAGCUUCCCCUUUCCUUCUGCCAAUAUCACAUUGGCUUUUGUCUCUUGAUGUCUGAUACAAUUACCGUCAGCGGUAGUUAGGGACUGCUGUGACCUUUAGUUAGCUUUUGGUGCAGUCGGUUUUCAUCAGGGCCAAAACACAUUUAUAAACUCACCCAGACACACACACACACACACACACACACACACGCACACACACACACACACACACACAAACACACACACACACACACACAACAGUGCCCACACAGUUUGAGAUUAAUAGACAAGAGUGGCGAGGAAGCUGCCUGGGAUGCUUUUGGCUGUCUAUGACUCAAGUUUGUGUUUAAUUUUGUUGUUCAGUGCUGUCUGAGUAUUAUGAUAUCCCUUUGUUCAAUAACAAUCAUAAGAACUUUCCCAAUUUGGUUCACAAACUUCUGAAGUAUAAAUAAAAAAGUAUUUCUGUCUCACUUAAGUUAUAAAAGGCCGACACACCCAAUCAAACUAUUUUGGGACAUCGUCAAUCCCACACAUUGUUUUCUUGGAGCUUCACCUUUUGCUGUCACACUUCUCAAAGACUCUCCUUAAUGCUAAUGCUCUUUGUAGUUUCAGACUCAAAGGGCCCCAUAGGAUUUUAAGGACUUUUAAUAGGACUCUGUCUGAAGGCAGUGACUGUUAUAGGAAUUUUAAGUCUUUGCAGCUGUAGUACCUCACACAUCUUACUUUGUCUCCAUCAUGCCUCACACAGAUGAUUAGGUGAGCGGAGAGCAGAACUGAUAUGCAGCUGAAGUGAUUGAAUCACAAAGUGACCCAAAUGAAAGAAUUGAUUGGCCACGCGAUCAUGAUGUGUGUGAAAUGAGCGGCCUAAAGUCUCUGACACCGAUCUAUUAGAAUUCCUCUCAAGUUUGCUCGUAAUUCACUGGUUCAUUGUUCUGACAGCUGUUUUUAUGUGAGCUGAUAGUCACAUGGAGUGGGACAUUAAAGUGGAUGGAUCCGAUUGGUUCACACAAGAAAGUGAGGACUGAUAUUUAUCACAAGAUAGAGAUCAGAUUAAAGAUGGAUGUCUAGUCAAAAGAACGGACUCAGAAUUUGAAUCAACUUAACCGUGUUACUCAGCAGCCUGUGGGAAUGAUUGACUGAGAUUAACUUUCGAAGUCUAUGACUGAAGGGGAUUCUAGGGACCUGAAUGUUCAAAACUCAUCAUGAGUUACGAAAAUCUCCCAAGAUUUGAAUCUGGCUGGGGACUGAACAAAAAGUAAAAUUUAUGAUGCUCACUUUUUCAAAACUAACUUUCCCUGUUGCUAUUUUGCAGGCUCAGAGUCACAAUGUUCACUAUCCCACACAUGCAAGAAAACUGUUUACAAAUGAGCUAAUUUAGUCUCAGGCUGAUUGGAAUCUAUCAUGUUUUGCAGGAUGAGACUGCCUAUUAGUAACAUGACAAUAUGCCCACAGAUAAAUCUUGGACAAUACUGUCAGAGUGGCAGAUUUCAUAACACAAAACAAAACAAAGCUAAUAAUGAACACCAUUAAAAGAACAGCUGUUUAAAGCUGAUGUGGGGGGAACCAUCCUGGAUUUCCAGCUCAGGGUAUCUGAAGUUGUUCCAGGUUUCUGAAACGUAAUUCCAAUUUAAUAGACCUUUCAGGUGGUGUUCUUAAGGGCAUUUCAGAAUUUCUCUUUUCUGAGCUCAAAUGAAAGAUGCCAUUAGAUGAGAAAGUAACAUAGUUUGAUAUCGGAGGGAAGUAUCAUAAUUACUGAGGCCAGGAGAUCCUGAAGUCGAUUCUGGCAUUCGCAUUAGAGAAGAAAAGAUGUGGGUGUCAGGAGUAUUAUUAUUUUCUUCUUCACAGGAGACCUGAGGGAGGGCUCUGUGUGGCUGCAGUAUAGUUGGAGCUAAUGCUAAUGGCAGACAAACUCACGUUUUCUGAACCUCAUAUUGGGCAGAGUCAGUCGAUUUUACUGCUAGCUGUGUGUUUAACUGGGCUCAGUAGAACUUUCCCAGGGUUGGACUCCAAUUACCCUAGGCUGUUACUUAACAAACACUAAGAUGGGAAGAGAAUUGGGCCUGGCACCCCACAGUGUUUUCUUCAUCUACAGUCCAGAACAGACUUGCUGUAAUUCUCGUAUCUGUUGCAAGAAUGAGUUGGUCAUUUUUUAUCUGAGCUAACUUAAACAUACCUCCCAGCUAACAUGUUCCUUCCUGUUGUUAAACCACGCCACUGUCUGAACUGAAGCCCCAGGUCCCCCGGGUUGAUGACUUCAGUUUUCCAGCAGUCCUGAGGUUAUUGGAGAGUAAACACAAACACAGCCCUGUACUCAGAGCCUGACACCAGGGGGCUAAUAGCACUACUAGCUGCACCGCUAACUGAAGUCCACAGCUGACUGAGGCUACUCUUAUCAGUGGUGAAAUUAGAAAUGAUUAGUCCAUCAUGAACUAUAUCUCAAUAAGAAUAUGAUAGUUUUAUGUACAUAUACAGUCAUGUUUUGGUACAGUAUGUGGACAUGAUGGUGUUUAACAGAGGCAGUAUUUGUUCAUAAAGUCAGUGUCUUUUCUUUUUGUCCCAUCAAUGAUAAAGCUGUCAGUCAGUGCCCCUAUAGGCUGUUAAAAACCCUUCUUGUUCACUUCUUUUCAACUCUGUUGUCAGCUGCUUUCUAACUUUGCAUGUCUUCGCUCUGUAUCAUUUGUGUAUUUGCAGAGCCUCAUCUGUUUAUGCCAUUGUUUUGGCGUUUUGCAGCAUGUUUUAUUGCCGCUUUCAACUGUUGUGUUUGUUUGGGACUUUGGGGAAAGAUAUGACAAGCAAUUACAGCUUGAUUCUGAUUCAUACAAGAGUUUUGUUAGAUACUACAUUUUGGAUAAGUCUGGUUUCCCUGAGUUGACCGAGUUUCAGAAAACAAAGCCAGGAUGUUAUUGUUUGAAUUGUUAACAAUAUCAGGCAAUAACAAGACAUUUGUGUUUGCAUUACAGAUUGUCCGCCCUGGUUGACCACCGUUCUUACUAUCAGUAUCUAUGUAUAUUCAUGACUUUGUGUCUGAUUAAGUAUCAAGAAAGUGUAGUAUUAAAAAACCAUAACUUAAAUACUCGGGCUUUAUGAAAAUAACAUUUAGUAAUGUCAUUGCUGCAAUAAAAGGGUUUUAUUAUCAUAAGUGUUGAAUUUAUGAAGGUCAUUAAUCUAAAACAAGAGGAGGUGUUUUGCUGAUCAGUAACAGAUACAGAUAAAACAGACUGAGAUCACUGAGCCCCCUGUCAUGCUCUGCAGUCUCUCAGCACUAAGGGAGGGUACACACACACACACACUCAUGUUAAUGAGCUCCAUCCCCUGCCCAACUUUGACAGUCUCUCACUGCAUAAUUAUAAGUCAAAAGAGACAAACAAGUGGAAAAAUCACUUGGUUUAACCUUUUCACCCUGGAAUUUCUCCAGGUGUCAUUUAUGCACAAAAUAUACAAUCCUAAUGAGAGUAAAUUUUGGAAUCAUGAAGUAAUUUUGCAUAAAAGCGAUCGAUUUAUCAACCUACAGGCCCUUCAGAGUCGUGGAGGAACAGUACGCGGCGUGAGUGUGACAUCUGCAGCCUCUCUGCAGCCAGACUGCACUCCUCUUUGAUCCAGCUUCAUUAUGCAGAGGGAGGCUGACCUAUCAUGAAAGCUGCGACGUGCUGUGUUCAAGCGUCCCAAAUUGUAAACACAGAGAUGUACUCUGACAGCUGGUGGAGGAAAAAUAGUUAAUUAGGGUCUCGUCUUUUGAGAGAAAUACUACCACAUCUUUUCCUGGUUUACAAACACUUUGCUCACCAUUAUUAGACCAAAUUAAGCUUCUGUUUUUCUCCUCCCUAAUGACAGUUUUCCCUGGAAGCUUUUUACUUUUUUUUUUUUUAAAUCAGAGCUUUCAUGCCCCCUCCUUACCAAUCCCUUCUUCUCAUUAACCUCGUGUCUUAUUUUGUUCUUUCUUAAAGCUGUAAGAUUUAUGUUACAAACAUGCAAAUGAGCGUUUUAUUUACUCAUACUUCAGUCAACAUUUUAAUGAGUUCUUAACUUUUUAAUGACAGUCUGCUUUAAAGAAAAAAACCUAUCUCUUUAUUAUUUCUUUCCAGCGUUUUUACAGUAGAUAUCUUUAAUGAACUCGUUGCAGCUCUCCAGGAUUUACACAGCUGUACUGACGCCUUAGGCUGACACAUUUCCAGGAGUUUCUAAAGAGAUAGCUACAUUAUUCAGAAGAGUUUGCAUUUCGUGCCGGCAAACUUUUUUAUUGAAGCAAGAAAUUGGGGAUAUUUUAAGAUAAACAACAUCCUUGACUCUUGGAGAAAAACUCAUAUCUUUGCAAUUAUGACUUUCUGUUUUUAGGAGACGACAACUGUGAUAGAAAAUUCAGCAACAGUUAUUUCCCAUCAUGAUUCAAUUUUCCUCCAUACAUGGCUUUAGUGUCGAAUGUUAUCAAACUAUAAUUCACAUGCUAGCGUUCACAACAGAAACAUCUUUAUUCAUGUGAUCCUUUGCAGCCCUGUCAUACUAAAGCUCCGGAUAAACUUGACUUUAUCUCCAUUAAUUCCUCCUCCCUCUCUAUACCCUCCAAUCUGAGAAUCAGCUACUAUACUGUGUGUGUCAGAAGCAGAAAGAGCACUUUGCAUGAGGUGGAGUGUAGCAGUGGUCACCUUCAAACUGCAGGCCUCAUUUGUCUCCAGCUCACCUGGAUAUUGUGUAAGCCUUGUUGUGGCUCAUUCUGCAGUCCAAUCGCUUUCUCCUCUCCCUCUUCACCUCUCCCCUUUAUUUCUCCCUACUAUCUCAGCCUCAGAUUGUUGUCACAUUCCCACUACCCUCUUCUUUCCUGUCAUCAUCCUCUCUGUCCUUCUAUCGCUCUCUCUCUCUCUCUCUCUCUCAUUCCCUAUCUCAGUGCCUCUGCUGUCUUGUGCGCUGCCGCAGGGCUCUCUGGCUGAUGUAAUUUAUGCUAUCUCCUUAUGCUCGUGUUAGAAGCGUCCUGAAGCCGAUGCUCUUCAUGCAGAGUGCUCCUGUGGGAGGCUGUGAGCUGAGCUGCCCUCAUCUUUCCCUUUCACCAUCAUCCCUCCGUGCACAAUGGAGUAAACAUACAUGUGGGAAGGACACUAAAUUUUCACAGCAGUGCAGGAUUGUUAAAAAUAACACAUAGCACCUUCAGUUGGAGAGGAAAUUAGACGUUAUGUCUCCUUUUUUUUUUUUUUUUGCUGAUUUUUCUCAGCCUAAGUCAAGAUUGUGUAUCCUGCAUAUUAUAGGGAGUCUAAUGAGCCAAAUCCAUCAUGAGUCCAUAAGCAGAUUGGACUUUCCCUGCAGUAAACAUCCCUGCAAUGUUUUUCUUUUUUAGGGAACAGGAAAAGAUUUGAUGUUGACUGAAAAUGUUUGUGUUUAGUUGCAGGACUGCAAUCCAUUUCUAUGACAACAGAGAAGGCUUUGGCUGAGGAGAUGAAGAGCGCAAUGGAGGGUGACACUCGGAGAACCAAUCAGGUGGGAGCACAGUGGAACUCACAGCAGCUGUACAUCAUUUAACUGGAGCCUUUCAAUCACUCAGGGGCCUUCCGGCUCUCUGUUUGAUAUGCAAGGCAGCUAGUCCCCUUCAGUCUGUGCCAGUGACUUAACAUCUUAACAUCUAAGGGCAGCAUCUAUUGCACUACAUCAUACAUUUGAUGAUUUCCUCAUAUGAUCACAGAUUUGUAUUUUAACUACUUUGACAGACAUGAUCAAUACACAUUUCUAAAUGUAGGACAAAGUACAUUGAUUCGAAGCUCACUAAAUGAAAAGGUUUUCUCCCUCCUCCCAGGUUCCAGAGGAUCAUGGGGAUGCAGACGAUAGCUCAGAGAAGACCCCCAGCAAAGCCUCCAAAUCCCCUCAGAAAACCACCAAGAGGCCAAAGACUGUCCCCGUCAAAGUCACCCUACUCGACGGCUCAGACUACGAGACUGCAGUCGAGGUACAGCAGAUCAAUCCAUGAAGAAAUGCUGAUCUUUUUAAGUGUUUGAACAGUUGUCAUGUAAAUAAUCAUAGAUUUGGUCAUCAUAUCUAUGCCUCUAUGUUAUAGAGGCAUAGAUAUAUUGUCAUAUCUGACAAUGUAGAUAUGAUUUCAUAGAGUAUAUAAGAUAUUAAAUUAGAUAAUAACCUGCAGUAAGAAUGAGAGAUGUAAGCAUGUUUUUUUUAAGAGCUACAAAAUUGUGGUCCUUGUUCGCUGUAAACUGCAAAUUUUUCUCUUUCAAAUGGUUGAUAUGUCUGAAAAGCUUUUUCUCUUUCAAGGCUUGCUGUCCUUGAAAUCUGAAGCUUGCCUCAAACUCUGAGUCACAGAUAUUCUCUAAAAAAAUCAGUUACAUGAAUAAAUUCCAUCAAAUCUUUUUAGCAACAUAAUAGCUUGAAAAAUAAAUUCAGGGUGAGAUGACAGCAAAGUACUACCGUGAUAUUUUAUGGUUUGUGUUGGAUUUAAAGAGGGGACCGUUCACCAUCAGGCCAUAUCCCCAUACUUUAAAUUCAGACUUUGAAAUGUUCCCAGGUCCCUGAGACAAUUUCCAACCACUGGUAAUCUUGUAUCCACCUGGAUCAGGCCUUAUUCACAACCUGUCCGACUGAUAAUGUGCUUCACCAUGACAACAGUGGAGCUGUUUUCACAGCAAUUACUUGUAGGGCAACAACCCUGUCACUGAAGGAAGCCAUAGCCAAAACUGCAAAAUAAGACAUAUCCCACUGAAAGCUGCUUCAGCUAAAAACAUAUCCACCCCUUGGUAAUUGUUUUUGCCUUAAGCAACCCAGAAAAUUUGCAGAAACAUGAAAGUAAAUCUAUCUGAAAUGCUUGUUUUGCAGUGCUAUUUCAACACAGUUAGGCUGUUCAAUGCAAACAUGCCUAAAAUUCAUUGCUGUGCAAGGUUUCAAAAAAAGUCACAGAAUUUGAAAGAGCUGGUGUAAACCUCUCCUUCCUGAACAGAAUUCUUGACUCAGCACAUCACACACAGUACACCUCAGAGGGAUUUAGUCUCCCUUGGUAGUUCAUGCUACUGAGUCAGGAAAUGUAGUUCUUCUCCUUCUUCCUGUAAGGAGGGGUGGUAAAUAGUGGAGGGAGGUAAGACAGGUUCUACUUUGUGGAGGAUGGAGGCUCAGAUGAGCAGUCCCCAGCUUCCAAGAAUCGUGACCAGAGCCUUUUGUGUUGGUAAACACACCCUAGUAGAUCGGUGAAUUCCCACCGCUCUGUGUUUAUUUGUAUUCAACAGCAGCCCACACGCUCUUCAGGAGUGAACACAGCAGAAAGUUAAUCUGCUCCAGCACUGAUAUGACUUCUGAAGGUAGAGCGAGGGGUGUCCAAGAGAGUGUUCCACACCAUACAGAGAUCCUAACAGAGCUUCGGUGAAUCAUACUGUAGCCAGCGCUCCAGCCUGAUAGGCUGACUUCGAUGAUGGAGUGUGAUGCGGGGAGGGGAUGAUCUUGCUGGUUGCUCGACCUCAUUCACAUCCACUGCUUUCCUUUUAUGGCUUAUUGCUUCUCACGUGACCUCACGUUUGACUUACCAGAGGCGGCGAGUGGAGAAAUAUGUCAGGAGUCCUUAAGAAAGCAACCCCCCUCACAUAACCCCCACACACGCAAACACUCGCACUUAUUCUUCUACAACUCAAACCCCCAUCUUCUGCACAUGCACAUACAUUUCUUCAUGUCACCUGCACAGUGACACCAGAGGUAUUGGCCUUUGACAGGUAAUCCAUACAGCUGACAGAUGGCUGCUCUUUUAUUUGACCGGGGAGAAAAUAGAGUGGGAAGAAGGUAGAAGGAGUAGGAAAACGACAAAGAGGGUGAGGUGGGGGUGGGGAGGAAAAUAAAGAGGGGGUAUAAGUAGUGUGUGCCUCUAUUCUGUAGUAUGUAUGAGAGCAGGUCCUAAAUGGAAAAAAGGCAAGCGGGGAUACAAUGAUGAAUGCAGAGGAAUCAUUACCUUAAUGACAGUCAUGAUGUCAAGUGGGGGAGCAAGGGAGGGAGAAAGCAAGGGAGUGAGGCCCGAUGAUAAAAACACAGAAAAGCAGUCUGAGCUGUAUUGAUGUUUGGCUCUGACGUUAUAGGUAUUGAUUGACCUCAGUGCAUUUACACUGACCAGUCCUUAACCUAAAGCCAUACCGUUCAAGUCCCCUACCUUCUGCUUACUUACCUCACCACCUUAUCGAAUUGUUUUCAAGGCCAAUCUCCAACUCAAAAAAACUUUGAUUAAAAUUAUGAGACUGUAACCGUAUGUUACCUUUUAAAUUUGAACCUUAGAAUGUAUUCAAGCUCUCAUUUUCACUCUUUCUACUUUUAAGUUAACAUGUUCUGGUGCGUUUUUAUUUUGUAAAAGAGGCCGGACUGUUUUGGGUUUAAAAUCAAAGCCCUCUGUGCCGCUGACUUUUCAAAACAGCUGCUGAUGCUGAAUUAGCGCUCUAAAAAAAUGCUGCCUUCAUGCAUUUACCCAUAACACGUUUCUUUCUCUUCACAGAAGUAGGAAUAAUGUAAUGAAAAAUUGGGAUGCAGCUAAAUCUUUUGUCUGCACAGGGUUUAAACAUAGAUGAUCCAAAGUGUCGAUACUCACACACAGAAAGUUCCUCUUUGAAAAAAGUCCAGAGUAUUUUUUAAUGUGGGAGCCCUGUGAUCAUAGUAAACGAGUUGGAAAAACAAAUGAAAGAUUAAUGACACUGGGGCCAAACUGGGCCUUGCUUUAGAAUGCUGAAAGGAUGAUCAGCUCAGUUCAUCCACAACAUCCACUGCAUAAUUUCCUCUUAUUUUAAUAACACUAACCAAAGUUUCUCCUGCACCGCUGUGCUACCUCUGCCUCUGUGAAGCUGGUCAUGCACUGUGUGCACCAAGUGCUCUAAAAAGUACAUGUUAUACUGUAUUUAGAUGGAGCUUUGACAACUGCCAACAAAAUCAGAAGUAACAAUUCAUCAGUGCAAAUGGAGGGGAAUUGUCUGUUUGGACGAUCUCAACAAGGACUGGAAAAUUAGAGAUGUUUGUUAUUGGAUUGCAUCAGAUUGCACUUGUAGACAUAACAUUAUGGCUUAUCAAAAAGUAUUUGAGGGUUUUUUAGUUGUAUGAUAAGAUAAGAUAAGAUAAGAUAAGAUAUUCCUUUAUUCGUCCCACAAGGGGAGAGUCCAGAUUUACAGCAGGGAUAAAUACAAAAAGAGAAAUUAAAGAAUGAAGAAACUUAGGUAUUAAAAGGAUAUAAAAAUGAUAUGUACAUGAGUGUUAUUACAGCUGUUGAUAUGUACAUGUUGAUAUGUUAAAGUUGAAAAUGGAGAUAUUUAUAUGUUUGACUAUUUACACAGAAUAAACACAUGCGUCACAUGAGUUGUUGCCAUGGUGCUUUCAGACCCAUCUACACCUUUAAAAAUCAAACAAAUAUAGGAUAACAACUGAUAAAAAUCUGCAGUACCACCCCUGAAAUUGAGAAUCAUUCAAUACAGUUUUGGGGGCACAUAAAUGUAUCUUGAACCAUCUUCGAAAUUGCUGCUAAAGUUAUUGUCAGUGUGUAACCAGAAAGUAUUUCACCUUCAAAAUCUGAGCAUUGUAUUUUAUUGUUUAUCACUUUUUAUAUCACUUCACCAUGGCAAUCUUUACAAAAAUGAUGCUUUGUGAGCUGAGUGUGAAGCAUAACACUCUAACCUUUGUUUGUUUCAGCUUAAGAGUGAAAACAGAAAUGUCAUGACUGGAAAUUGAAGAAAAAGAAACAUAUUCACACAAAAAGCUCUGCCUCCUCAGUGUGAGCACUAAGUGUAUUAAAACAGACGUAGGAAGUCUACUGUGGCUCUGGAAGGAGCUUGACAGCCUAAAAAGUAACCCGGUGAUUUCAUCAGAAUUAUCUCAGCCUGGGUCGUGAGGCUCCUCAUUUAAAGCCUGUCUGCUAAAUUCUGAGGUGUAGGAUUGUUAUGAGUAUGUAACCCAGAUGUAAAACUGUGAGUCAGACAUUUUGAAAUAAGUAAUGAGGUUUGCUGCAGGACAAAGAAUAUGAAGAAGGGCAAAUGUGGUCGAAAAGGUUGUAGGAGGAUAGGAGAUGUGGCAGACAGAUGAAUAUAGAAGGUGUGAAUAUGGCUCUGUCAACCAAAGGCAAGAAGGUGAGUGUUCAUCAGGGAGGUUUAGGCAGACAGCCAGGCAGGAACAUGAGAGGAAAAGAUGAAUAAUCCCGAUCAAAUAAUAGGAGGGAAAAUCUUUAUCAGGGUUCAGAAUCAAUAAUAUGGGUGUGACAUGUAGUCUUCUAUUGCUGCUGUAAUGAGAAUGUGUGGAAGGAGAACAGCUAAAGGGUUGCUGAAUGGAUGUGGAGUAGAUGUUCAGGUUUGAGGGGGUAGAUAAAAUAAGCAGUAAUAAGAGGGGGAACUGGAGACUGUCAUGCAGGAGGGCACAGCUAAACACUCCCUACAUGCUCUCCCAAUUAGAGCCAUUAUUAGCGAGAAACACUAGAGUGCUGGGGGUUAGUGUGUUUUUCUUUUUAUCCAACCUGCUGAUGUUUGUUUGGUCGACUAUGGUGUCUCCUCCACUGCCUCAUGGGUCAGCCUAUAGUUUUGUUAUUGUUUUUGAUGAGUAUACCUGUUCUGUACAAAGUCGACAUACAGCCCUAUCUUUAUUUUGUCAUCUAUCUUGAACCCUAAACACUUCAACAGGGCACUUCUCGGAUAAAGGUCGUGAUGAUAAAAGGUCCUAAACCACCUUUUUUCCCUCACUGCUCAAAAUGGUUUUGAUGUGUGCUGUAUGAACACAGACUAAAAAAGUCAGAAACAUGAGGUUGAAAAUAAGUGAUCAACAAAAAUAGAAGUGCCUUAUGCAGCGAUGUGGCUUCUGUGAGUCUGCAAAAUGGUUAUUUAUGGAAACCACUCUUUUUCUGUGACAUGUAACCAUGGUUACAUAGAGUUCUUAUUUUUCUAGGAGUGAGGGAGUUUAUUGCAAAACUUGCAACUGUAUCUGAUCCUGGUCUCCCCCCUUCCCUCCCAUUAUGAUGAAGUGGGCUUUAUUCAGCUGUGGGCAUGAUUUCAGACCCACUUCACUCUCUUUUAGACUUGGAAUGGUGAUGGGGGACUUAGAUUGGCUUGCAUUACAUUUAGUUGUCCAUCUUUACAUCCUCUUCCCUCCACUGACCCAGAAAUUGUUCACCCUUAAACAUGAUGAGGGGUCUUGAAGUUUUUUAAUACACCUGGAUUAGACAAGGAUAGAGGUGGAAAAAGCUGCAGGUGGAGUUCAGAGCAAUGAUACACAGGUGUAUCCACAGCAGAAGUCUUUUCAGCAUUACUUGUCACAAUUGGUGUGGAGGUGUCGUAUUUGCAGAAAUGCUACGCCUCCACAGGCCAUUUCUUUAUCUUAAAUUUUAUCAUCACAGUACUGAUCUGCUAAAAAAUAACUGCACAGUUAUACAAAGGAGCAGCCACAUAUUUCAACCCCCCUCCAGAAAAUAUCACAUUUUUUCUUUUCACUUCCCAAACACAAAAGUUUUAACAGUUCCUCGACUGCUGUCAGUCAAGGGGUCCUUGGAUUAUCAUAACUCUCUCCCCCACAUUUAGUACCCCUGUAUAUGUACACAUGAGAAUUUAAUUACAAAGUGUUCAGGCACCCUAUAAGGCAGCUUCUCAUUUUUGUUAUGUUCAAUAACAUUGAUUUGAGCUCACACAGCUGUUUUGCUUCAAAGCGUGCUAAUUACAUUGAUGUAAGUGAUAUAAACCAGAACUGUAUCAAAUAACACUGCUCUUUGUAUCACAGACUGUGUAUAGAAUGGACGCCGUCUGCCUCCUCACUGGGUGAAGUCACUGUAAGAACAGCACCCUCUGCUGACAGGCUGCAGUAUAGGUCAUAAAUCCCGCCUCCUCCAGCAAUCCCUAUGGAGCUGUGGACAAACUUUAGAAAUUUAUUCACAAAAUAUAAAUUUGUCUCCCCCCUGGUUGCGAUGUUGACAUGUAAUUAUUUUAAGACUGGUGUGUGCUCAAGUCCUCUUUUUUCUGUGCAGCUCCAUUUUUAAAAGUUAUUAGGGAGUCACAUUUUCUAUGAUUGACACUUGAUACAGCCUAUGGGUGUACCAAGAUUGCUUCACUCACCUGUGGGAUACGCUGUUUGAGCUGAGUGUCAUCACAGCAACUCUCCCACCAAAUGCGUACAGCGUAACUGCUGAAGUGGUAGUUCCAGGAAGUGGAGAAAAUCCCGGAAAUACCAAGAGCAAUUCGGCGUUAAAUUCAUAUAAUAAAGGAAGACGGAGCCAAGUUGUGUAUAGUAUAUGAAGUCUAUGCUUUUCAUAUAUGUGCAGAUGAAACUAAAAUGAACAACCGUUAUACUAGUAAAAAAGUCUUGUGUUCGAUCUUGUUUGACUCAGUUAUCUGUCUGUCUGAGAAAGAAAUCAAAUGGGUUUAAAAUAAGGGGUUUUCAUUAAUUAGCACUGUGGGUUUUUUUAAAGGUGAGACAGCUGUGCAGCUUGACAUCGGUGCCUGAUGCCACUUCAGACUGACACUGUGGAAUGAGGGAUUUCUCAUUUGGAAAAUUUGUCUCCAUGUCUUUGUGUCUAUCUCUUACAUCUUUUUCUCAGUAAAUUGCUUGACUGGCAACCAGGAUCCAAGGAGACAAAUCAAUGAGACUUGAGAAGCACUCAAAGGGUAAUGACUGCACAGCUGGAGCCAUGACAGAGAUUCAAGAGACAUGGUUGUUUAUUUUUUACCAACCUCAAAUCCUCUGUGUCAUCCGUAACAGGCACUACUAUACAUAUCUAUUCAUAUGUAAUUGUGAAAAAUGAUGUCAUAUAGUUUUAGAUUAAAUUAUGAGUGAAUGCUUUUAUUUCAGUUUAAAAACAAAAUUAUUUUUUUUAUGACAUAAUGGUAAUUUAUCAGACAGCAUUAUAUCUCGAGAUUGACUUUUCUGAUUAAAGCUCUCCUGUCCGCACUUUACCUGUCACAGUAGGAUGUUGAUUAACAAGCAGUACAUCAUCUGAGGCUAAUUCAAUCACAUCUCCACAGUUUUUCUUAAAGCAUAUCCCUCUGCCUGUCUUAAUAUAAGUAACUAAAGUCAACACUUUCUCCCCAGCAAGUUAUUAACCCAUUCAAACAUGCGCUGCCUCUCCUCAUCUUGUUUGAGGAGAACAGCAAAAUGGAUUUCUAGGAUUACACCAAAUGGCCGCUAACACAAUCAGCCCACAGAACUAGUGACAGAAAUGUGAUUUAAGGCAAUUGGAGCGACAAUAAAAUCUCAUCAGCAGCUUCAAAUUGCUCACCAUGCUUGGGGGACCACCUGAGAUGUGUGUUGCAAUUUCAUUAUGUUGGAAAAUCGAAUGUUUGCGCUGCAACUCUUAAAAUAUCUCUUUUGAGUGCAGCCUCUGCCUGUUUAUCAGUAUGAUUUUCUCUUAUUUAGUCUUACUGCAGCAGGAUAUCAAUUAUGAGUGAGUUGAUUGAGAGAUAGAUAUCUCUAUGAUGCUUUAUUAAUUAGCUUUCUUUAAUUUUUGAAAGAGAUGCUGACUACUGCCAAAUUUUUCCUAUUAGAUCUGAACAAAGCUCUGUGGCGGCCCUGUGGUAACCACAGAUAGAGAAUAAGAGGGCACAGGCAGAUUCAGAAGGGACCUAUUACUUCUGUUUCCAUGGCAACAGCUGCUUGGAUGCUUUGUCGCCAUAGGAGCCAGGUUUCCCUUGGAGAUGAAUCUGGCAUGUGUGUUGCUGAUAGUGUGGGUUUGUGCAUGUGUGUGCGUGUGUAAUGGAAGAGCAGUUUGCCAAGGCUGCCUGUGCGCCCACAGAGGCCGUGUUCUCAGCCCUGGAGGCUCAGAGAGAAAAAAUAGGUGUGGUCUCUUGAAACGCCACUGAUGCGAGAUGCAAACACUUCCCGUAUAAGGAUGCAGAGAGAGGAGGGGAGAGGAGCUCCUCCUACUCUAUGGGGGAGAGGAUGCACUGCAAGCGUGUCAAGAGCACAGUUGGACAGGAUUUUGAUGUCAGAUAUUUUUGGAAUCCUCUGUGUUAUGAAAAUACAUUCAGACUGGGGCUGUGUGUCGUCAAGGACAUUACAAUUCAAUUUCAAUUCACUUCUUUAGGUCACAAUUCAAUUCAAUAUCAGCUUGAUUCAGUUUGACAUGAUAAAUCAGCUUUCAAUGCUAUUCAGUCAUAUGCAUAGAUAGCAGACAUAUCCACAUCAUUAAAACACUGUACAUUUUCACUGUUAUAACAAGUUAUACUCUGUGUGGCAUAUGUCAAUAGCUUCUUUCUGCAGAGCCUUUGACACUUAUCCCCACUUAUUAGAAAUGAGCCAGAAAAUAAUGGUUUUACAGGGGUGCGUCAAUCUUAAGGUCCUGCAGUUGCAAACAAAAUGUGGCUCUGCUCAUUUCAAUGACUGGACGAGAACUUACUUUGUCCCUGCAGUUUCUUCAUGUACGUUUGUGUUGGUAUGAAAGUGUGGUCCCUGUGUAUGUACCAUCUUCUCUGUAGGAGUGUAGGUUUUAACAGAUGAGGAUUUCUAGACUCUGUUAGUUUCUGUGCUCUCACAGAGCUUGACUGCUGUUUGUAGAAAAACAGGCUGCAAACAAGCCACUGCUUGUAAAACCUCAGAGAGGUGUUGGUGCAAAUAGUUUCACAGAUUUGUUUUGUUAUUACAGAGCUUACACACAACAUGUAUCAUGAACCCAAAAGUCUUCUAAAUAUCAGCUUUUAAUGUUAAAAAUGCUGAUUUUUUUUUACCAUCUGUCAUCAUUUUGUUGAUUUACCAACAGCUGUUUAGUCAGGAGGGGUCCGUACAAUGGGAAUCACUGCACAGAGGCAUCCACAGCAGUAGGGCUUCAUUACAGCUAAAUGAAUUGAUUGCAGGGAUGUUUGAGUAAAUAUUGAACUGGGAAAAAUAUCACGUAAUACAUUGAUGAAAUGAUUUUUCUUUUUACUCAGCUGUGAUACAGACAAGUAUUUUUCUGUUACAUGAUAACUCACUGAAAAUCAUCAAGAACUCAGAACCAACAUGUUAUCAAAUCUGUUGUUGGGGAUCAUUUCUGCAUUUUUACAAAAGUACAGAGCCUAACUUAUAACCUUAAUUUGUGUAGAGGGUUUAUCAUCUUGCGGAAAUAAGAUCAUUACCUGGCUUGAAAAGAUUCUUGGUGAGUUUGCAGUAACUUGCCGUUUUAAUUGCCCUUUACUGUGAAAUGAGGGAUGCGCCAGUUGUUCGGCUAUUUUACAAAAAGCUGGGCAGAAAUACUCUGAGAUAAAUUUGCUUUUCUCAGUAAAAGUGAAAAUCUAUGUUAGAGUGAACCUUUGAAUUCAGUAUGAAAAACUUUUUGUUAUUCUAUUUAAUCUCACCUUAUUAUUGCGCUUUGAUAGCUGAAUUGUAAGCUUCAUUUGUCCUCUUUGUGGUGUUAUAUGUAUUCAGGUAAACUAAAGUAUUUUUUACAGUUGUUUUUUGAUGUGUUGAGCUUGUUAUGAAGGUGAAGGUGACUGUGGGAGACCACAAAAACAAGAUAACAACUUAGACUCACAAGAUAAUUAACUUGCGUGCACGAGAUAAAAGUUUUUCCCUUACAUAGUCUCAGGGGCUUUUGGAGGUAAUAUAAACAAAUACAUGAAUAGGACUAUGUCUGUGUCAAGCAGAGAGUACAUAAGGAAAUGGAUCAAGAGACCUAGACUGAUGUAAUGCAUGAAAAAUGCACAACAUUAAAGCUGAUUUGUUCCUCCUCACUGAACAAAUUUUAAAGAACUGUAAAGGCAAGAUUGAGUUUAGAGAACGUCACUAUUUAGAACAGACAUGAUCAGAAAUAGUUGGUUUACUUUGAAAGGACUGGUUUUGGCUCAUAACCAGUAACAGAGUAUAUUAGAAAAUAGUGGUAGGACGUAUGAAUACACUGGUACGAUUAUGUGAACAAAUAUUUAUUUAAUAAGCAGUUAGUUUGGUUUUUAUGAAGAGAGAACAGAACAAUGUAUGAGCAGUGUUAUUAUGUCUGAAGGUAAUGUGAUAUCCUUUCUCAAUCAAUAGAGAAUAAAUAUAAAAAAGGAGUAUGAGAAGUGUGAGAAAGAAACCAAAGAUUCUGGCUGGAACUGAACUUGCACUUGUAUUUCUCUUUAUUAAGCACAAGGCCAGAAGAUGUCCCUCGUGAAAAAACACCUUUAUUAAAUUUCUUAUGCUUGCACAGUACGAGCUGUUCAUAAAACCUGGAUCUGCAAUUCCUCACCUGCUCUACUGCCGUGUACUGUUCAUACAUUUACAUGUUUGCCUGUGUGUGCGUAUAUUUGUGUGUGACAGAAAUUUGCCAAGGGCCAGACCCUGCUGGACAUGGUGUGUGGCCAUCUGAACCUGCUGGAGAGGGACUACUUUGGCUUGACUUUCCAAGAUACGGACAACUCCAAGGUCAGAUGCACACACACGACCACACACUCAAUAAAACCCACACACAAAAUCCCAUGACAAAAAAGACGUUUUAUUGAACCCCAAAAUAUGUAACUGAGGCUCCACAGCAUGACAUCAGACAGAAUUAUCAGCUCAUUACACUCAGUUCCCAUUUUACCAGUUCACUUGAUGGAGUUGGUGAAAGAUGAUCCCGGCUUGGCCUGAUCCAAAUGCAAAUGCGGUGUAACCAAACAUUGAACUAUUUUAAAUUGUGUAAUAAAACUAGCCUGGAUAGGCGUGUAAAAAGCCCUAAAUUGAUUUUCUAAUAUGGGUCCCAAGAGACUUCACACAUCCACACUAAUGAGGUGCAUGUGUGCGCAGAGUGCUUAUUAAGUGUCUAGAUUUAUUUAUUAUUGGAUGAAUACUCUCUGAAGAGAGUUUUAAUACAUCCUGUGGUCAUAUUUCUUUUCUCUUUACUCUUGUGCUUCAUGUGAAGACCUUAAAACCAUUUCAAUUUCAGCCAAUGUUUUGGUUGACUUGCAGCAUGUAAAAAGCCUCUAUCUGAAUAUUGGGACUUUAAGGGUUAUAAUUUGUGUUUUAUUGGAAAGUGCUUUGGCUCAGAGUGGUUAAGUUGCUGUGUAGUUGUUGUGAAAGUGGCGCACUCGUAUUUUCUAUCACAACCUCAAUGUUUCUUAAUUCAGUUAUUAUCUUUAAGCACUGGAAAAACAUUUUGAUUGUGCAGCAGUCAGUAAGAAGUUUAAAGGAUGUGUUUAGUUUGUCAACAUAAAAAAGCUCCUUACUGAUAACAUGUGGGGAUAAUUGAAUUAAGAGGCUUUGUAGAGACCAAUAGCAGCGGUAAAUGUUGGUGUCAGAGCUGGCUUGUGUCUCAGCACCUUUUUUGAUUCAUAAUAAACUUCUUGGGUUGCUAUUUUUUUUAUCAGUGAUUUCAGAGCAAAUGUCAAACAGCCUUCCAGCCAACCAGCCCAUUUAACCAGACUGUUUUUCCAGGUGUUUUAAAGCUCCAAGUCCCUGGUUGACCUUUUAACCGCACUUCAGCUCUUACAUCCUGAGAGUGGCAUUCACAACCUUUGACCUUUCAAAAUGAGAUUAGACUGUGUGGCCUUUCAAAAUUGGUGCACAGGGUCCACAGAGCGCCAUGAAAGCUGGAGUGACAUUAAGCAUGAGGAGCCGGACUCAACUGGCAUUUAUAGCUUCAAUAUUGAUGCUUUCAGUGUUUAUUAAAGCUUUCAUCCAUUUUCCUGUGGUGUGAGUAUAUUUGGCUCUAAAACAGAGAAUAGAUUUAAAAAGAGAAGAGCAGCCAGGGAGUUACUGCACUUAAAACGGCUUUUCAAAAUGUGAAUAUGAAUGACUUUGCCGGGGUUGAACGCCUCAAAGGAGACUGCCUUUCUUUUCUUUAUUAGAACUGGUUGGAUCCUUCCAAAGAGAUUAAGAAGCAGAUUCGGGGUAAGUACAGCAGACAGAAACCCACACACACCCGUACACAGUCCAACAAACCCACACACAUGGGAUAUUUUAAUGAAGAGGCAAAAAGAAAAACAUACUGAUGGUUCCUCCACAGUUGGGUCGUGGAUCUUUGGAUUUUCAGUCAAGUUCUACCCCCCAGAUCCAUCGGUGUUGAUUGAAGACAUCACCAGGUAGGUCUGAGUGUAACAGCAGAAACUUGUCUUACUGUAAAUCUCAUGGCACUUUAAAUUAAAAAAAGAAAAUACAGGUGCAAAUGGUUAGUGAUUGGUUUCAUGGUUUCAUUUACACAGAACAAAUGUUAAUUCACCACUUUCAAGCAGUUGGUAGAAAAACAGUUUUUCAACAGGCAGAGACCUUGAGGAUCAAAAGUACACUGGGUAACACUUUAUAUAAACCCACCUCUUAUAAUGUAUCAUGAACACUUUUAUAAAGCCUUAUAAAUGCAUCUUUGAGGCUGUACCACAUCCCUAUAAGUGAUUAUAUGUAUUCAUAACAACUUAGAGUAAUGUUUAUGAAGUGUUGCAAGCAGUGAGCAUGAUGCCUUUUAUAAGUAUGGCUCAUAAUGCAUAGUAACUUAAUAGUUCCAAGAAGCCAUUAUAAAACUCUAAUUAGCAGUAACUGGAGUUCUCAGAAAAUUGUAAAACACAGUUUGACCAAAUUUCCGUGGUAGUUACUUAUUGUAGUGCGCUAAAGGGAAGAGGAAACUUUAUUCACAGAAGUCAAAAAUAAACACCGCCAGAAAAAAAUACAGUUGUAUUGGAAGGAGAUAACAGCAGUAAAACACAACAUUGUAAUUCACUAUCUAAGCAUACAUGGUACUAGAAAGUGUCAGUUCCUUCAAAUGCAAUUAGACAAUUUACAGCACAGAGUUCUUUUGUGCUGUUAGUCAUCAUUGUCUGGAGGUCCACUUCACAAAGUAUUUCCCCGAACACCUAUUACGUUUAAAGCUUGUUGAGGUUUGCCUCUGUUUCAUGUAGUGGAAAUGAGCCGUAGGCAUCCCCACCCUUUGCUGCAGACAUUUGUGUUUGCACCUAAAGGAGAUUGAAUAUGCUUUGGAAAUUAGACAAAUCUUUUAUGAAUCAGGUUCUCUGUAUUGAUGUAAAAUUUCAUGACUACAUUUUCUAUGUUUCAGUCCACACCAUAGUGGUGAAUUACCAUUGGUUAAAAGCCCUUAAAUACUUAGGACCUUGCAAUAAUAUUGAUAAACUCUACAAGUGUCUGUCAUAUUUUGGCCUCCCAUGUUUCCUCAGGUACUACCUGUGUCUUCAGCUGAGGGAUGACAUCUUGUCUGGUCGUCUGCCUUGCUCAUUUGUCACCCACGCCCUCCUCGGCUCCUACACAGUCCAGGCCGAGCUGGGAGACUAUGAGCCUGAGGAACAUGGGCCUGACUAUGUGAGUGACUUCCGCUUUGCACCCAAUCAGACCCGUGAGCUGGAGGAGAGAGUGAUGGAGCUGCACCAUAACUACAGGUCAGAAAAAAAGAGGUCUCCUUUAAUUAAAUUAAAUGCCAUGAGGAUAAUUGGAAAGGCUUGUAUUUUUUGAUUUGUGAGAUGGAUAUGGAAGAAGUGAUGAAUCACAUGUGGCAUUUGUGUUGUAGGGGAAUGAGUCCAGCUGAUGCAGAAGUUAACUUCCUGGAAAAUGCAAAGAAGCUGUCAAUGUACGGUGUGGAUCUGCAUCAUGCUAAGGUACAGGGACAAACUUUGGUUCUUUGACUCUUUGUGUACAUUAAAACAUUUUAAUUUCAAGUUUUUAAAGCUGUGUUCCUGUUCUGACCAGGACUCAGAGGGAAUUGACAUAAUGCUUGGGGUCAGUGCCAACGGUCUGCUAAUAUACCGAGACCGCCUGAGGAUCAACCGCUUUGCCUGGCCCAAAAUCCUCAAAAUCUCAUACAAGAGGAGCAACUUCUACAUCAAGAUCCGCCCAGGAGAGGUUAAUAAAAACUCAUUAACUUUGUCUCUUGCAUGUUGACGUACGUAGGAGUUCACUUGCGAAAUUACUGCAUGCACAGUCCCACUGGAACAGCUCAUGAAAGCCACUGUAGCAAAGCCGUGGCGAGUGGAAUAAAGAUCAUUUUGGUAAAGAGCCUCUUUUCUAUUUCAUGGUUUCACAGUUGUUAAAAUUACAUCAUUGUCUCCUUUGGCUGGUCCCAAACAGCAUAAAUAGUCAUUUCAUGCUUUGAUAGAAGUGUUGCUUUUGAGAUUUAUCUUUGGCGAGCCAUGUGACGACUGACGAGGAGACAUUAUUUAUAGCCCUCAGAGAUACCGCUCUUGAAGAUUAGGCUGAUAGGUCGUGCUUUUAUUCUUCUCCUCCUCCUCCAUCUUUGGUGGCUUUAAAGUGUGAUUAGCCAGUUGUGAGGAUUUGCACUUUUAUCAAGAAUUUUACUUGCAAAUGUUUCAGCCACAUUCUGCCCGUUCUGGUUUCCAACUCCUUUGAAUUAUUAUGAUUUGCUGUUUUUCCUUCAUCCUUUGGCCUUCAGGGCAUCCACAGUGAGUUUUAUAUCCACUGUUAAACUGACAAUGACAUUUAUGUAGUGAACACACACUAGUCUGUGCUUAUACUGCGAACAGCAGCUCUAUCCUCUGAAGUGUCACUUUAAAUUUACCUGCGGUGUUGUCACAGUGUUUUACAGCACUUUGAUUUUAAACUGUACCCACCGAUUUUUGCAGUGGAACAAAGAUAAGCUCUUCUUGUGAACAGUUAAAUGGCUAACAAGAAAUUGAUCUAAAAGUCCCUUUAUUCAUUCAGACCACUGAACAUGUGAUGGAGUGAGCACACAAAUGUUGAUUUGUUGGUUGGUAAGUGACGGUAAACCUUCCUGAUGUGACUCUUAGUAAUUUUUGGCUACAGAAACACAACAUUGAUUUUUCCGUUGCUGCAGAGCAACCAAAACCUCCCCUCCAUCUUUCCCUGCAUUCACUCCCUUCACUCUUCUUCUUCUUCUCCUCCCCUGCCACCUCCACUCUUUCCCCUCACUGCUCAGUAUGAACAGUUUGAGAGCACCAUAGGCUUCAAGCUGCCCAACCACCGGGCCUCAAAGCGAUUGUGGAAGGUCUGCAUUGAGCACCAUACCUUCUUCAGGUAGGACUGCACACCUGCACAAUUCAACUCCUCUGCACUGACAUCAUCUCACCCUGCAUGAUCUGUUGACACUCUGCACAGUAAAGUUAUUUUAUUAGUGACACUCAUCAAAAAAAUGUGAUCCAGCUUUUGUGGAACCACUUUUUUCCCCACAGGUCCUAUAUUGGUACCUAACUGUGACUUGAAAGAAAGGAUUCUUGAGAACUCUGGCUAAUUUGAUGCUAAAUACAGGGGUCAAAUAGACAGUAAUCUGUAGGAAUGUUAUGUUCCCACUGUUAUGAUACCUUUUUCACUGUUUCUUUACACUGAAUCCUGCAGCUUUGUGUGAUUUUAGAGAAGCACAAACAGCUGAACUCUCACAGAAAAACACACAAACAUACACAGCACUAUCCUGUUCUGGCAGCACCAACGCUUUGCAGUGAUACCCUUUUGCCUCUAAACUCAUGGUCUCCCAACUCUCUUUAGUUCAAACAGUUUCCCACAAGAGUAUUUUGCUGAACAGCACAACAGUGUUUUCUUUAAAUAGAUGUUAACGACAGAGCUGUCGUUAGAAAACAGCACCUUCAGCCCAGACUGCUUUAGCAAGCAUGCUUUGGACUUCAGAUGGACCAAGUAAUGGCAUUUUGGAGUAAUCAGGGUCGCAUUGGCAUUAACACUCUCACUCUCACUUUGUUUUUUUCUAAAUGACAGCACAGUCGUAGGAAGAGGUCCACAGGAAGACUGUGGACAAAAAUCCAAAUGACCCUUGGAUUUUACUGAGCUAAUACACAUUUUUAAAGUAAAAUACUCAUUCAUAUUCAGCAGUUUUGUGUAUAAUUAUUAGGUUUUUGUAUUUGAUCAACUGCAAAAAUACAGCAACAUGAUUUGGACAUUUAUAUAUUGACUAUCAGGAGACCUGCCUGUGGACAUUAAAAACUCAAAUUGACCCUUUUCCCAACUGCUCACGUUAAACAAUGUAUGAGGACUACCCAAGCAAGUGCAUCAGUUGUCUCACAUAGGGUGCAAAUACUUUUUGCUUCAGCACAGUAUUACGUCACCCCACCCCUACACUGCUAUCGGUCAUGCACUGAGAGUUAAAAACAGGGGUGCAAAACAGGCCAUGGAAAAGGUCUAACUCUGCUGCAGUUUACCUUUAAUGUAGCUGCCAAAUCAGCGUAUCUUAAAGGGAUAUUCUGUUGUAAAAUUAAUUUAGGGUCAAACACACCGUAACACUGAGUCAGACACCCCCUCCAGAGAUGAAUGUUGCUGUCUGCUUGCUCUAGUUACACCAACUUUGGUAAGGACUGCACGAUAGCAAUACACAGCAGUCUAAGGAGCCACGCGCUCAACCAAAAAGCCACUCUACAGCCACAAAUAAUGCUCAGAACAGCAUCAACAGUACAUAUAGGGUCCCAGCCAUAGCAUAAACAUCUUUGUAGCUUUGCCUAAUUUCUUUAGCAAAGAGACUAAACACUACUCUCUUCCAGCAGCCGCCUGUUUGUACAGAGACCUCGGACCAGUCUAUUACCAAAUGCUGCGGGGUGACGCAGCUCAAGGAAGAACAUUUAUGAUCAUUUCUUUAUCAUUUCCUUGAAGUAACAAUCACCAUAUCAAUCAUUUUGCACUGCAGACGUGGUAGUUCUUCUGCCUUAGCGUCUCGGUCUGAUUGCAUUUCCAUGAAGAAAUGAUGGUUGAGGUUUGCGCGUGAAGACGUAGACCACUGUGUUUUGCUAUCGUACGGUCGUUACUAAAGUUGGUAUAACUAGAGAAGCAAGCAGUCGACAACAUUCAUCUCUCGAGGGGUAAUCUAACUCAGUGUUACGGUGUGUUUGACCCUAAAUUAAUUUUACGCCUGAAUAUCCCUUUAAAGAGUGAAAUUUGUCUACGAGCAAGCUUAUGAAUCAACACCCUUGUGAACAAAGUAACUAAUCACUUCCAUCUUGUUUUAAAACCUUUUUUAUUUGAUAACAAGAAAGUAACACUGUCUUGUCUGUGUUUAAAUUAAGAAGCUAAAGGAAGAAUGUGGUUGAUUUACUAUACAACACAGCGACAGUAGAAAACUACUACAAAACCAUCACCUAUUCUGAUGGUGCAGAUCAUAACAAAAAAAAAACACUUAAGUGUUAAUUAAAACCUCCUUACAACACGUGUGACAUUUGUGGAAGACCAAGUGAAAUUUUGAAAGCUAACCAAGCUAUUUUCCAAGAUCCAGGAACUUAAAGAGGUUCAUAUGAACUAAAUAUUCAGUUGGCUCAUUUGUAAAAAUGUGUGAUGUUGUCCCUUUACAUUCAUCUCCACUCAGAAUGUUCCAGUGUUAUAUCUGAGCUUUUCUCUCAACAAAAUCCCUCCCACAAAUUUAGCUUUGAAUUCAAAAGACACACACUCACACAUUUCUGCCCCUGUCAGGCCUCCUCUGCGAUGUGUAAUGCAGGCAAAGUCAUCCCACCUCUGAUCCUCCCUUGAAGGUAGCUUUGUGCAUGUCUGAGUGUUUCAACAGCACUAUCAUUUGUGGCAAAAUCUCCCGGCAGGCUACCAAAAUUACACCAUUGUGGGGUUCGGUGUAUAAGGACAAAGGUGUAGUGAUGGCGAAACUUUGUUCCAAUGCUGAUGCAGAACUACAAUGUGUAAGAGGCUGCCUACAUACGGACAAACACAUGCAUCCGAACACACCCACACUUACAUUAAAUAAGAAGAGAAUAAUGACACAUCAUGGUCCUUUUGAGGGAAAUCACAGGAAAUGAUUUGGAGCUGAGGGACUCUGAAAAUAUCAUCCUCCUCCUCCUCAUAUCCAACUCUAAACUGCAAAAAUCAUAAAAUAGACCAUGAGAUGCACAAUCUGAGUUUGUGUGGAAGAAUUUAACAGACUGAACCUGCCUACAGGUUAGUUUCCCCAGAGCCGCCUCCCAAGGGAUUCCUGGUGAUUGGCUCCAAGUUCCGCUACAGUGGGCGGACCCAGGCCCAGACCAGACAAGCUAGUGCUUUGAUUGACAGGCCUGCCCCACAGUUUGAACGCUCCGUUAGCAAGAGGUACAUGCUGCCCAGAAGCAUUGAUGGAGGUAAGAAACCCACUCUGCUUCUUUGUUCACAGUGAUGUUUACUUAAAUCCAGGAUUAUGUUGUUACGUAAUAUUGUGGCACCAUUGGCAGGCUCAGAAAAUGAACUGGCGGAUGGAUAACAGUGUGCACAAAAACAUACUUCUCUCUAAUACUGUGUAAAUACAUCCGUAACAGAGGUUCUUUGAGCUGUGAAAUGGCUCUGAAGCUGGCUUUAAAUAGGAAUCUGCCUCUUCACCUCAAAGGUGAAGGUAAUGGCAAAGUGCUGUAAACCUGCACCAAUGAUUGAAAGGAGAUUUCAGAGGUAUUAAAGUGUAUCAGACACUUCAAUUAUUAGCUGAGUUCAUAUUUUUCUGAUGAGGUUAAUGGUGUAGGUGGCUAGUUUAGAGUUUGAUUACUCAUGCUGAUGGUCAUUUUUUAAACUAUGGUUCUACAUCAGGUAAAUCAGGGUCUGCUAUGAUUUCACAGAACAGCAGCCUGCUCAGUUCGGUAGUCCUGUAACACUGUUCUGAUGAUUCUGUCAUGUUUCUCGUCCCUUACCUCCCCCAGCCUCAGCUCUAGGGGACAGUAUGGACCAGCUCUCCCAGCGGAGCUCCAGUGAGCGUACACAGUUCAUGUCCAGAGAAGACCUCGAUCAAGAAGGCAGCCUGGACCUGGACCAUGAUAACUACCACUAUCAGGACCAAGACCAGGAUCAGUUCACAGAUCAAGAACUGGAGCUGCAAGACAGUCAAGAACCAGAACCAAUCCAGAAGCCUCCACGGGGGGCCAAGGUCUCGACGCCUACUAGGAGUUUAGAGCUCAAGGUAUUUGGAUGAAAUGUUUGGCCUUGUUUGGAUUCAAAGUGGUGCCGAGAUUUAAACAUAACAUGUCAAUAAAUGAAAGAUGAGUCCUUGAGUCAUAUGAUUACCUAAUAACCAAAACAUUGGCACGACAUGCAAACUGUGUCAGAGUACAACAGAAGAGCAAAAAGCUGCCAAGUUGACCAGCUGGCAAAGAUUCUGAUUUAAACUAACACUCCUCGUGCUUUUCAUUCACAUUCUUGAAAUCAAAACUAUGAUUGUCAUAUCUACUUUUUCUCUAUUUGUCCUAAUUUUCCCUUUUUCUGCUCCUCCCCGUCCUUAUAAGACUUUUCACAAUGAGUGCUCAACAGUUCUGUUAUUGCAUUUUAAAAACUUAUCAUCUUUUCUGCAAAGCUCACUUCUUUUAACCCUGCAUCCUGUCUCUCACAGUUCUCCUCUUGUUAACACGCUUUGCUGACCUCUGCUCUCUCUCCCUUCUGACCUCUCUGUCGUCCACCUUGUCCUCUCCUGCAGGCUGAGGAGGCAGGCUCGCCCCUAGAAUCAAAACAAGAGGUAUUUUUGACCUUGGACCUCGGUGUCUGUCUGUGUGGUUAUGGUUGUUGUAGGUCAUGCGCUGGUGCUCCCUGUUUUGAUUGUUUGCCACUGGAUAGAAUGUUAUUUUGUCUCAUGUCAUGAUUUUCCGUUUCCACUGACUCAAAUUCAUGGAAACUGCAUGAAAGAAUCUUCAGAUGAAUAGACACUGACUAUUUGAUAUGAUGUACGCUUAUUCAGGCUAUUUGUUUUAUUGUUCUUCUCUGCUGGAAAAUGGGGACAGUAACAUUCAUAUGACAGUUUAUCAAGCUUUUUAUUAAGUUUAACUCUAGCGAAAAAAGUUCCACAUUUUUGAAGUCCGCACAUGCAGAAGAGUGUGCGUCUUUAACUGGGUUGAAACCAACAGGAGUGAUAGAUAGCAGGAUAGACAGAUGGGUCCAGAUCCCUGUUGAUGAUGUAGUCUCCAAAUUGACAAAUCUCUUAAUACUAAAGCUGAGCAAAACUGCUUCAUACUCUCAGUGCUAAUAUGUUAAUAUUUUUAAUUAUUUGUUUACAAAACCAACUUUGUAGAUGUUCAAUGGUUUUUGUUCUUAAGACGCACUAAUUCUGUCUUUGUUUUAUUUUCAUGGUUAAGGUUAAACCAGCAUGUAGUCUGGUAUCAUGCCUCCGCAGGUCUGUGUUGUGGUGUGAUUAAAUACUUCAGAUAAUAUUGACACAGCAUUAGUUACUAAAGCGUCUGUUCAUUUGCGGUUUUGUAACAUGCUCUCACCAAAUGUUUGGAUGAAGAAGAAUGGGAAUAAUCCCCCUCUCCAAGCACUUAUCUUCAGUCAAUAGAAGACUGCAUUAAUUAUCAAUUGGCUGACUCUGAAAUGGAUUGUCCCUGUCUUCUUGGCAGAACAUUAAAUAGCUUAACAGUCUUAAAGGCUUCAGAGCCCAGUGGUGUCGACCGUUUUUGUCUGUCUGUUUGGCCGCCUGUCUCCUGGACUCACCUGCAGCAUUUUACCUCUCUGUCUCUGCACCCCUCCCUGCCCUAACUCUCAACUCCUGCUUUGCUCUAUAAAACCCUUCACUCCAUCUCACUCGGCCCACCUUGGGCUCACUCAAUCUAAUGGACAAGGAUGUGGCCACCCCUCGGCCCAAACAGGAGGUACUGCUUGUCCUCUCUUCUUGGCAUGUGCCGUUUGUAAUGCUCAUCAGGUGUGCUGUGAUUUCUUAUUCCUAAGUGUGUCAGUACAAAAUAAAACACACUGACAGAAUAUAAAGAUGGAUGGCACAUCUCUACCACCUUCCACACUACAAAAGAGAAGCCGUUUUUGUUUUUGUUGAAGCCUUCAUCCAGCCACAGGGCUGUCAAACUUGGUAUACUGACUGGACUAAUGUCAGAAGUCCAUAUGUCUAUGGAAAGUGUUGGCUUUUCUUUGAAGCUCCUCAGAGGAGUUUGUUAUUGGUCAUGAAACUGGAGACCUGUAACUGCAGUGAAGGGGAGGUACAAUAAGGAAAUAGCCUUGGUUACCAAAUACUCACAAUGGGUGAUAUAUUUCACCAUAAAAAGACAACAGGAUGAGAUUUUUUUAGUCAAGUAACACCACUUUAAAAAGGCUGCCCCCAGGGGGUGCCGAAAUCAACACUGAUGAAAAAUUCCUCACAGGAGCUUUAAGUAAAGUAAAUGAAAACAUCUUUUGAUACAUCAUACAUCAGUCAGGUUAAUUAAUCCAACCAAUAAAUUAUGCCUGAACUUAUGAAGCUGAAUAAAUACAUGAACACAUGUCUGCAAGCACUACAGGCAGUGUGGUUCUAGUUCUGCAAUGUUAAGAUUCCCCUUGAUUAUGUAACAUUUCUCUUAUCUUUAGAGACAGCAUGCCACUGACUGGUGUGAAAUAAAUGAGUAAAUUCUUACAUAAUUGAAUUCAACAUAUUGAAUUUCCUUCCAGAGAUGAAAAAAGUUCUCCUUCAUGAUAAACAAUGCAGUGAGUGCAGUGUUGAUUCUGAAAUGUAUUCCAUAUUUGGGAAGGUAUAGAAUAAUCAGUUGGCAGAUUACAGCAAUUGUUGUGGUUUGCCAAAUGCAAAAAAAAAAAAAAAAAAAACAUAUAAAACACAUUAUUGGCAUGAUAUAUUGGCCAUUUGCCAGUCUGCUUUCCAGUUGGCAUUGAUUAUUGAAAAACAUUAUCAGUCAACCAAAGCUGUGGAUGACUGUUUUAUCUGACAUUAGUGUAUGACUGGUAUGACAGAUAAUAUCAAAUUCCCAUUAUCAGGUCUGUGUACAGUUUCAAAGUUUUACAUAUGUCCUGCCUAUUAAUAGGAAGGAGGAAGACUAAAUAACCUUUACUGCAGCUAAUGAUUGGGCUUCACUUUUAGGGAGCUGUUGUGCUGUCCAUCUUUUAAUACAGUUUGAGAUAUACAGUUGGCAACAGUGAUGAAGUCUACAUUCACACACUUCACAUGUUUUUAUUCUAACACACUUGUUUGUCAACUGAUGAUUGCAUGUCUAAGUAAGAUUCAGUUGUCUAUGUGUUUGUCAAUGAUUGUGUGAGUAUGUGGUUAGUUUCAUAAUAUUUAAGAGACAUUAUUUUAAAUUGGCAUAUAAACUUAUUGGCUUUGUCAUUUGGAUGAAGAUUUACAUCAAUGUCAUCUUUACAAAGCAGCAAAAAGAAAAGUAUUUUGGACUCUAGUUGUGAGUUUGUGUUUUAAAAUGAGUUUUGUAUCCGUUGUUUGUAAUUUAAUUUUUGAGAAUUGUCUAAUCAUAGGGUGCAGUGUCGAACAUAUCCAUGCUGCAAAACAGAAAACAUUCAACAUUACCUCAAAUCUUCCUGAGAUAAACCCUUAGUUACAUCCCCUGCUUAAAUCCACAUCUAGUAACUGUAGAAAUGUUAGUAUCAGAAUCGAACGUGUGAAAGAUUCAUGUCUAGGGUUUUAAGUUAUGCUGUGUCCCUGAUGUGACCUUUACUGUCGACACAGCAGUUCCUGGAUAAGCCUGAGGAUGUUCUUCAAAAGCACCAGGCCAGCAUCAACGAGCUGAAGAGAGCUCUGAGGCAGCCUAACAGCAAGAUGGCCCAGAGGGAGAAACGCCUCUCCUCCAAUACUCCUCCAGGAGGAACCCCUGAGCGCAAACCAGUAAGAAUCAGAUCCCAUAUCCACAUUGUAAAACCUAUGAACUCACUUUUUCUUUAUAAACAUUGUAGAGGGUUGUUCAAUCCCUUUCUACCCUGUCCUGUCUUUUGCAUUCUUGGUUCAAAUGUGAUCCCACUGAGGCCAAAUAAAGACCAGAACACCUGAAAACAUCAGAUUUUGCACAGUCAAAGGCCCCCAACCAUGGUUGCUGUUUUGCCAUUUGCCACAUUUGAGAGGAGGGAGAUGAAAUGGCAAUUUGAGGAGUGUAGUGUAACUAGCUAGGCUAACACAACUGUCUACUCUAUGUCAACUUAGGCGACCGGUGGUGCCAAAUUGAUUGACAAGCAGGAUGCUUAUGAGGGAGCGCUGGAUAUUUACUCUAAUAUGGAAAAGAGUAAGACCUCUCCUGCCAGUAGAGAAAUGUUCUCUGUGGCUCCUUGGACUGACACAAAUAUGAGCAGAGACUCUUUAAAACCUAAACCAGGAACAGCGCCGAAACCAGAAAAAGACCUUAUGACUUCAGGGUACGAUUCAGUAACCAACGGACAUCACUAUGAUUCUAUGUUCACGAGGAAUAUCGUUCAACAAAAUGGAUUUGGAUCUCCAUCUGACCAAGAAAGGAAUGCAGCAAUAUACCCAGGAGAUGUGAGACAGAGUCAGUAUGAGCAUGAUGUUUAUCGCGAGAGACCGAAGAACUUUGAGACUCCGAUGGCUGUGGAUCCUUUCCCGAAGGGCAAAGAGGGUAGAAGUGAGAGUGACACCAGGCACAGUGAGAGUUGGAAAAUAAAAGACCAGAGUCCUAUGGGAGCAAAAGACUUCAGCAAAACACAAAACUCACACUCGGAAGUCACCAAAAUAGUUCCUCUCAAGCCACAGAGAUCAAAGAAGUCUUUGAAUAAGGAGAACAAAGGUGUAAACCCUCAAACUCAAAGUGGCGUCUUUGGUGUACAGACUGGGGACGUACAGAUGACAGAAUCAAAAGACAGAUCUUGUGAAGUAGGAAGAAGAGCGGAUGAUUAUACUGUACUGCAAUCUGCCACAGAUGUUGUCAAGGAAAAUACAGGGGCCGCAAAAUAUUGGGGUGAAGCCACAGUGUCUUAUCCUCAGCAAACCGUGCUACAUCAACAGAUUAAGAAGGAGCUGCUCGGACAACAGGAGCUGACUUACAGCAGAGGUACAGUGGGAAACAGUCAGUGGAUGGAUCAUUUUCAAAACAGCUCAGACUUUAAAGAAAAUCUUCCCUCUGGCUCCAAAUUUCCAACAGCUCCUCCCCGAAGUCUUCCCCUCAAAACGCAGUGGUCCAGAGACAGACAAGGCAACAUGGACAACAGCCACAUCCACUACCGGACGACCAGCCAAGAAACAGCCAACAAGAGGAAGCAAGCGGUAAAACAUCAGCCCCCCUAACCUGUUUGUUCAUCAUCGGAAAGUAAAACAUUGCAUGAGCUUCAGGCGAUGUCGUGCAACUCUUGUUUUAACCAUCUAAAAAAAAAAAAAAAAUCACGCACACACAUUCUUCAGAACUCAUGUAUGAGAAAGCAAAAGUUCACCUUCUUCCUCCGCAUCGCAUCAUUGGCCCAGAGAUCUUUUUGCUUUCCGUUGUUCCCUUCUCCACAGCGCUUGACAUCUGCUUGGCCAUUUCAGAACGCUGCGGGCCUUUUAAGCAAAGUUCACAAUGCUUAUAAGCUUCAGGCGUCCCCUUUUUAUCCCACCUUAACUUGUCACGUUAACACCUGGUCUCUCCUUCCAACAUCCUCACAGGAUUAAGGUGGCUGCUGUUGCAAGGAGCACAAGACCUUUCCACCAUUUUCCUUUGAAACCUCUUUUUUCACCUGAUUUAAAUCCUCUUUAUAAAUGUCUAAGGAGGGCAUUUGGGUCAAAUGUUCUGCCUUGGCACCUCUGUAGCAGCAGCAGAAAAUGAAAAAGGUGAUGAGAUGUAAUCACAGGCUGCAGAGAUGCCAAACCUCUUCAGGGCUCAGGCAUUCAUAUGAUGCACUUACAAAUAUGAAUACCUCUUUCCUGCAAGGGCUUUUGAAAAAUCAAACCUUUCAGUGCAUGGCAUUACCAUUGCACUUGCAGUCAUUCUUGAUUAUGUCAGUUUCUGAAAUAUACCUGACUAUAUUUGCAUGCUUCUGACUCUAGCCUUAAGCCUUACAGUAUGUGAGAAUUCUCAUGUGUGUAUUUAUUGAGGAAGUUGAACAUAAGCCUGGAGCCCUGAAACUGUAAACACUUGAUGCAUCAGGUGUUUACAUUUCAAAUAUAAUGAUGCUGUGAGCUCCACCUUGUACAAAUGUACUUAGUUUAAGUGAUGAGAGCAUUCAGACACGGGUUCUCUGCAGCGAGAAGUCACAUCAAAGCAGUGACAAAGAAAUCCCUGAUCCAGUCUUUCCUGUCACUCCCACAGAGGCACAGAAAUUGUUUUGGGAAUUUUCAUGAACGAGUGUUUUAUUUGUUUUAUAAUAAUGCUUCAAAGCUGUUUGUUUUUUCUUUAAUCUACAGGAGACACCUCCAACACCUGCGAUUCAUGAGGAGCCUCUCAACGAAGCUUCUGUAAGUCAUCUCUAAGCUCUUUAAGCUUGGAUUUGUUUCUCCUUUUUUUUAACAAAUCCUUUGGAAAGCAGCGUACAAACUGUUCUUAGUUCUACAACAUAUUUUUCAUCAAGAUGUGCGAUUUUGUUUGAAGGCAUUAUGUGGAGACAUAUCUUGACAUUUUGGUUUUCAUUUAAAAAUCUGUUAUGAGUACAUCAUGAGCAUUUGAUUUUUGGAGUGGUUUCAUCAUGUCAUUACAAAUCAGAGUUUUUUUCACACUUUUAAAAUUCUUGCUUUGAUUUGAAGUUAAUGGACAUCAUAAAUGAUCAAAUCUGACAUAAAGGUCACAUUUCUCCAUGAAGCUAUCCUCUUGUAGCUCAUUUUAAAUUCUUCAGUAAUGUUACAAAUGUGCUCUCUUCGCACAGAGGGAACCAUGGGAGAGACGCCUUGGCUCUGUCUCAGAGGAUGACCAGGACCACGAGAUCCUGUACCUGAAAGAAACUCACCUGGGCAUUGAGCGCAAGUGUUCCAGCAUCACCGUGAGCUCCACGUCCAGCUUGGAGGCUGAAGUGGAUUUCACUGUCCUCACAGACCUGCAAACCGGCAUGGAGGAGUUCUCCAGGGGAAUGUCAGAGCUAGGAGACAGAGAUCUGUCACCUGAUGGUGGUCUGUGCUUUGGCAUUGACCUGCUCCAGCAUCAGCAGCAGCAGCAGCAGCCGCAGCAGCAAGGCCCUUCUGAGACACCUCCUCCACUAGUGUCAGCUCCCAUGUCUCGGGGAGCCAGCAGCAGCCCUCCAGCCAAACACAUCCAGGCUGAAGAAGUCCGACAGGAGGUCAAACGGCCUGAUGUGCAGGUAAUGUGGCAAAAAAAUUCAAUUUUUAGUGUGAAGAAAGCAAAUCCAGGCUUCUACCAUGGUGGUUCUCAAGUCCAGUCCUCGAGGCAGACUGUCCCGCAUUUUUUGGAUGUUUUCCUGCUCCAACACACCUGGUUCAAAUGAUCAGCUCGUUAUCAAGCUCUGUAAUGGCUUAAUAACGAGCUGAUCAUUUGAAUCAGGUGUGUUGGAGCAGGGAAACAUCCAAAACAUGCAGGACAGUGGGCCUGGAGGACUGGACUUGACAACCACUGUAUCUACCAUUAUAGUUUGCAUGUUUCAGGAAAGUAAGAGGAUGCAUCCAUAUUUUCAGGGGUCUAAAAAUAUGCUUGUGUAAGUGUUUUAUGUCAAUAGCUCAGCUUGAUUUUAACUUAAGGGGGAUAGAAAAUAAAGAAUAAAGAGUGAAUGCAAAGUUUGGAGAAACAACAGCAAUUCAAACUGGAUUUCUUUCCAGCACUUCUUUCCCAUGAUAAUAGUGCCACCAGACUUUCUAUAUUUGAGCGUGAUGACAGGUCGCCAAAGCUGUUGAUUAGUCGGUGCAGGUUUUAUUUACAAGCUUCAGUUUGUGUGUGCAGUAGUUGGUUCGUGUGGAUGUGAAGGAAUCAUACCAAAAUAGAGCAGUCAAAAAAAAUGUCACUGUGCUUUACGGGGAAAAAUGUGAGUGUGAUCACAGGAAAAGUGUGAGACAGAAUUUUUACAAGGUGUUCUCUGUGUCAGCUGUGACUCUGUCCAUGUAAGGUUUGCGAUUGUAAAAAAGUGUUAGUGGUUGCAGACGUAGUGACAGGCAAUGUGACAAGAGCUCUCAAUCUGGCAGUCUGUGAUAUUUCUUCAGCUGUUUUUUUUCUCUCACUGUAGCCGGUCGUACCCAAAAAACCAAAGAGGUCCGUUCCAGUGUCUUCGUCUAUAGACAGAGAGCAGCCUUACAGAGAAGCCGGCCGCAUCUCUGCCACCACACCACUGAGCAGAGAGGCCAGCGAUGUCAUGCCCACUCCGGCUGUGAGGAAGACGGAUGUUCGGACAGAGACUCAGCCCAAUGGGUCAGAGGUCACCACGACCAUUGUGGAGUUCACUGAUCAGGUAAACAGAAAUAUGACAAGAUCAAAAAGAAAAUCUGAAGUUUUUUAAAAACAAAAGCCUAAAAACAAUAAAUUUGUCUCUUUCAGGAUCAUGGUAUCAGCAGUCUAAGUGAAGUUUCUUACUCUACGAGGCAGAGUGUUUCCCCUGUGAGUACAAAAUAAAAAGGACCUAUCCAAUUUUAACUCAACCUGCAGCUCACUCCUUCUUGCACUCUGGGGAUUAAACCUACUUAACACACAAAGACCACAGAGUCUAGAAACAUGUGCCCGACUGGGUGUGCUCAGAUAUCUCUGAGGAAUUUUAGUUUGACUUGUAUUCCAAUAUUUUUGCAAACGUGCGUUUGUGUUUACAGUACUUCCCUGAUGCCACAGCUGUUCUCCUUCCCCAGGUGCACAUGAGCAGUCUUGGAAGAGAAACAACGGGGUCGCCAAUCCUUGUCACUGAGAAUGUUACCUCGGCAACCACUCACGUCAGCAAGGUAAAGAGGGCUGAGCAGAACUUGGAAAGCUUAAGUUUAAAUCAGGAAAACGUGGACUCAUAUCUUCUGUAACUGGAAGUGCUUCUGACAUCUACUUAAAGAAAAGCUUUGUGUGUUGCAGACAGUGAAAGGAGGAUACUCAGAGACCAGGAUUGAGAAGAGGAUUAUAAUUACAGGAGACGAUGAUGUGGACCAGGAACAGGUGAGUUGAACUGAACAGAUAAAUUAGGAUAAACAGUUAAGACCAGAGGGAUCAGAGAAGUUUUGAUUUGAUUCAUAGAGUACCAUUUCUAAUACCUCAUCCUGAUUGUACGUGUUUUUAUGAAUUUGGCAUUGGAGCUUUUGAAACACUUUUCAGCCCAGGACCCUAAAAUAAUGCUGCCUGUCAGAGACUUAUGACCUCUCCUGUCUCUUGAGGUGGUCUAACAAUGCUCGCAACUACGCACACACUUUUAGGCUGAUCCAAAAACAGACAUUUGAACAUCACAAAAGAACACAAUAGGCAAACAUAUUAUUUUAAAAUAAUUUUAAAGGAUUUUAAGCUUACUUCAAGUCGUCUUAUGUCAAAGAAAAAUUACUGGCUUAACUAGGUGCACAUAAUAUCACUGUAUCCUGUGCAGCUGUAAACUGACCUGCUGAAAGUGUUACCCAUAAUGAUCUGAGAAUAAAAAUAACAGUAAAAAAUUAAAAUGAAAUAAAAACUAAAAUUUAAAACAAAAAAAAACAGUUAUUCUUAUAUCACUGUUUCUUGUGCAGCUGUAAACUGACAUUUUGAAAGUGUUACCCGUAAUAAUGUGUCAAACGCUCCUAAGAAGUCACACGGUAACAAUGUAGAAUACAGAUGAAAAUUUCAGAUACAUGUAUUAUUGUGAAUAAACAUUACAAUAGCUCAAGAAAUGUGCUCAUUAGUGUGAUAUUGAAUGUCUUUCAGUAGGUAUCUUAUAUUUGAGGUUUUGCAUACUAGUUCAGUCUACAUAAAUCUCCCAAUCACAAGAAAAAAAUUAACAAAGAAAAAAAAAAUCCCGGGAAUGAACAAUGUUGUACAAUUUUUCACUAUUCCACAAAAUGUUUGGAAAUGUACCCACUAUCUUAGAAAUUUAAAGAUCCUAAAAAAUGUAAAUGUGUUGGUAAAAAAAACAAGCUUGUUUCGGGUUUUAUCUGCUUCUGAAGACAAAUGAGCGCCCUGCACUGAAGUUGUGCAGAAUUGUCUUAUAUUUUAAAAAAAGGGGCUUUACCUGAAACAUAUCAAUUAAAUGCAAACCUAAAGAAGAGUAAUGGAUUCUCUCCUGUGGUCUGUUUUUCCUCUCAGGCUCUGGCUAUAGCAAUCCAGGAAGCCAGGCAGCAGCAUCCUGACAUGCAGGUGACCAAGGCAGUGGUUGUCAGGGAAACAGAAUCGUCCACAGACGAUCGACACGGCGCAUCAGAGGUACAGGUGCCAUCUUGACUCCAGGAGAUAAUAUCUGGCCAAGAUUUAGCCUCACAAACCCAACCUUUGAGGGAUUUAAGGCUGACUCCUGUCUCUCUUCUUUUGCCCAUCAGUUGUGA